AUGAAGACGACAAACACAACGAAGAAGACGUGGAGGAGGAGGAGGAGGACUGAAUCGAACGAGUGCGCGAAACGAACGGCGAAGCGCUUCAUGUUUACGCUCGACCUAUUUGCGCUCUUAGUAACGAAUUUGUUCGAAUCCUGCGUCGGAGACGGAUUUCAAGGCAUGUUUUCUGGAGCGACAACGUUUCAAAAGAAAUACGAGUGUGAUUCUAUGGUGAGUGGAUCGCCAAAUUCCUGCGUUUGUAAAGGCGAAAACUGCUAUCUGACGGAUGGUAACUUUCACCUUGCCGUGGAAAAAUGUCUCGAAGAAGCCCCGAGAGACGGUUUGUGCUCAAAGUGGGGUACAAACUCUACAAAUUAUGGCGUUAUGCCGAAAUGGGACACGAGCAGGGUGACCAAUAUGGAUGGAAAACUUGGAUCAUCUUUUACUGGGUUCGGAGGAAGAGCAGCAUUUAACGGCGAUUUAUCGACUUGGAACACGGGACAAGUCACGAGUAUGAAAUUCAUGUUCGCAAAAGCGGCAAAAUUUAAUAAGGAUAUUUCUAAAUGGGAUACUUCAAGCGUUCGAGACAUGACUGGUAUGUUUGACGGAGCAAUCGAGUUCAACCAAAACAUAGGACGUUGGAAUACAUCUCAAGUUCUCGGUAUGAAUGAAAUGUUUAAUGGAGCUCUUGAGUUUGACCAUCACGUGAACACUUGGGAAGGCCCGGCGGCGCUUUCUCUGCAGGCAAAUAUGUUUUUAGGAGCAAAAGCUUUUAUUGCGAAGUAUAAAUGCGCCGAUUCACUGACAGGUCCUCCGAGUUCUUGCUCGUGCUUAUCAAGCCAUUGCUUGACAGAUGAAACUUUUCACAUCGCAGUUGAAGCUUGUCUCAUGGAAGACCCUGUGAAGGGGCUUUGUUCGACAUACGGUUUAUCGAGAUCGAAGUUUGGUACGAUGCCGGAGUGGGACACUCACCUCGUUACUAGCAUGAUUGGGUACACCGAUGAUGGUGAUAUCGUUGGAUUUGCGGGCAAGUCGACUUUUAAUUCAGAUAUAUCUCGAUGGAUUACCUCGCAGGUAACGACCAUGCGUUACAUGUUUGCAUGGACAGCCAAGUUUAAUGCAGAUAUUGGCAAUUGGGACACAUCUCGAGUGAAAGAUAUGCAGUCAGUUUUUGAAGGAAGCAGCUCCUUCGAUCGUGAUAUUUCGCGCUGGGAUACCUCGAGCGUGACGAACAUGGACGCGAUGUUCUAUCAAGCGGUUUCCUUCGAUUCGGAUGUUUCUGGCUGGGAUACUGCGAAUGUUAUGGUGUUUCGGCUCAUGUUCGACGGCGCUACUGCAUUUCAAAAUAACUUCACGUGUGCUAAUGCCGUGAAUGGACCACCGAACACUUGUUUUGCGCAAGAUUAUGUAUUAUCAGAUGAAAAUUUUCACGAAUCGAUCGCUGCGUGUUUAGCUGAAGACCCGUUGUAUGGAAUUUGUCCAAAUUUUGGUCUAAUCGAGAAGAAAAUUGGAAUUGUUCAGAAUUGGGACACGGGUAGAAUUACGAAUAUGAAUAGUACUUUUGAAAAUAGAUAUAAUUUCGUUGGAGAUAUUUCUAGUUGGAAUACCGCUCUGGUGAGAAAUUUCGAUUACGCGUUCAAAGACGCAAUAUCAUUCAACGGCGAUAUAUCUGGAUGGAAUACGAGCAGCGCCACAAGUAUGGCCCAAAUGUUCUUUAAUGCCUCUUCUUUCAAUCGCGAUCUGAACCAAUGGACCGGUGCAGCUGCCACAACUCCGCAGGAAAGAUUAUUUUACGGAGCGACUAAGUUCAUCAAGGCUUUCAUAUGUUCGUUUGGAAUGUUAGGACCAAUAAGUUCAUGUUUCGCUAUUGUCCCUCUUACAGAUUCAACUUUUAAAACAACUGUAAACAGCUGCUUAGGCACUAAUCCGGUGGACGGUUAUUGUUCUAGCUUGGAGACAUACGGGCCGAUGCCAUAUUGGGACGUGAGCUUGGUGACGAACAUGCAAGACGCUUUCUAUAACAAGGGCAGUUUCAAUGGCGACAUUUCUCGAUGGAACACCUCGAGCGUGACUACGAUGCGUCAGAUGUUUUACGGUGCGAACAGCUUCGAUCGCGAUCUGAAUGACUGGGAUACUUCCAGUGUUCGUGACAUGUACCGAAUCUUUCACGAGUCAAACGCAAAUCCUGACAUUGCGAUGUGGGAUACCUCGAGCAUGCAGACUAUGCACCGCGUGUUUGAUCGCGCGUACAUGUUUAAUCGCAAUUUGACAGCUUGGGACACAUCGAGCGUGACGGAGAUGAACUACAUGUUCACGUACGCGUACAAGUUCAACGGCGAAGUGAACGGUUGGGACACGUCGAAUGUUCGAAACAUGUAUUACAUGUUCCACUACGCCUACGACUUCGACCAAGAUCUCGAUAAAUGGGAUACAUCGAGCGUGACGGAUAUGCACUACAUGUUUGAGUACGCUCACGACUUUAAUGGCAAGGUUGGUACGUGGGACGUAUCCCAAGUGACGAGUAUGCGUUACAUGUUCCGUUUUUGUUACGUUUUCAACCAGGAUGUCUCGAGUUGGGACACGUCGAGGGUCACAGAGAUGAAUUACAUGUUUUAUGAUGCUCGCCUAUUUACAUACGACGUAUCAAAGUGGAUUGGAAGCGCCGUUGAGAACUACCAGAGUAACAUGUUCAGUGGCGCUACGGCGUUCAAGGCGAAGUAUUGGUGUCCAGAUGUGAAUCGAGGCCCACCGAGGUGGUGUCAGUGCAUUUAUUCUUGCCCGACUUCCUCGACGCCGCCUUCCCCUCCAUCCUCUGUUUUGACCCCAAUCACGAACGAAAACAUCAAAGACGCCGUCAAGACUUGUUUAUUUUCAAACGCGGGUAAAUAUUAUGUCGACGGCAUGUGCUAUGAGAGCGAAUACGGUGUUAUGCCAGACUGGGACGUGAGUAAAGUGACAGACAUGCAAAGUUUGUUUUCUGGGUAUUCAAGUUUUAAUGGGAACAUCACCGCCUGGGAUGUCUCCUCUGUAACGGACAUGAGCAACAUGUUCCAAAGUGCGAACGCUUUCACUCAAGAUUUGAGCGACUGGGAUACCUCGAGUCUUACACGUUUGUACCGUAUAUUCUAUACUUCGAAUGCGAAUCCGAAAGUUGCAAACUGGGACGUUUCGAGAGUGACUAGUAUGAGUGAGGUUUUUAGCCACGCGUAUUCUUUCAACCAGGAUAUCAGUUCGUGGGAUGUCUCGUCUGUGACGACUAUGUAUGGAUUGUUUUACAAUGCAGACAAAUAUAAUCAAGACUUGAACGGAUGGGACACCUCUCGCGUCAAGAACAUGCAGAGUAUCUUUCGAAGUGCGGAUGCUUUCAACGGCGCGAUUGACGGCUGGGAUGUAUCGAGCGUGACUACUUUUCGGUACAUGUUCUAUAGUCAGCACAGUUUUUUUGGCGACUUGAGCAACUGGGAAACUUCUAGUUUGACAGACAUGUAUCACAUGAUGUAUGAUUCGAAUGCGAAUCCUAAGCUCGCGAAUUGGGACGUAUCGAAAGUCACGAGUAUGAGUUAUGGUCCAUUCUAUCAUGCGUAUUCUUUCAACCAGGAUAUCAGCUCUUGGGACGUUUCAUCCGUGACGGAUAUGGAACAAUUAUUUUACCAUGCGCGAAAGUUUAAUCAACCGAUUGGAAACUGGGACGUAUCGAAAGUCACAGAUAUGGAUUACAUAUUUCGUUAUGCCUACGAGUUUGCACAAGAUCUCACCUCCUGGCCGGAAACUUCAACGACUACGACCACGUCUGGUACUUAUUAUAUGUUCCACGAUGCGCAUGCAUUUCACGCGAGAUUCAGUUGUCCGAACGGUGAUUACGGUCCUCCUGUUAAGUGUGCGUGUAAGUUUGACUGUCCAAUCACGGAUUCUAUUCUUUUGAGUCAAAUUUCUGCGUGUUUGAGUACCAAUCCUGUCGAUGGCUUGUGUUCUGGAUUAGCGAAAUACGGAGCUAUGCCUGAUUGGGACGUUUCUCGCGUCACGAGCUUAUCUCACGCUUUCAAAGAUUACGAAAACUUCGACGGAGAUAUAUCCAAAUGGGAUACUAGAAAAGUAACGAACAUGAAGGGACUCUUUUACAACGCUCGUUCUUUUAAUCAACCUAUAGGAGCUUGGGACACCUCGGCCGUCACCGAUAUGCGUUAUAUAUUGUAUGGAUCCACUGCAUUCAAACAAUCCUUGCAUGAAUGGACGGGUCCUGCCGCGAAGACCAUGCAAGAUAACAUGUUAUACGGUGCUACUGGAUUUCAAGCUCGAUACUUGUGUUCCGAUAUUUUGCGCGGACCUUUAACUUCGUGCCAAGUACGACCGACGCCAUCCCCUCUUAGUGAUUCGACAAUUUACGAUGCCAUCACAGCCUGUUUGUCUGAAUCUCCGAUACACGGCGAAUGCAUUACAUACGGUCUUCGUACUACAAACUUUGGGACGAUGCCGAACUGGGAUAUCGAAAAGGUUACGGAUCUUUCGUACGCUUUCAAGUACGAACCUGUUUUCAACGCAGAUAUCUCUUCCUGGGAUACCUCUAGCGUCACCAACAUGCGUGACAUGUUUCAUUACGCGUCCUCCUUUAAUCAACCUAUUGGCACUUGGCAAACUUCAAACGUGAGGGACAUGCAAUGGAUGUUCACACACGCGCACACUUUUAAUCAGCCACUUUCGUCGUGGAAUACUUCGAGCGUGACUAGUUUGUCCCAUACAUUUUCCAACGCUCGAGCGUUUAAUCAGCCUUUGAGUAAAUGGGAUACAUCGAGUGUGACAAAUACUGAGGGCAUCUUUCUCGAGGCAUUGACAUUCCAUCAAAGAUUCUCUUGCACAAGCUCAAGUAACGGCCCUAUAAGCUCGUGCACUUGCACCUCUGCGUAUUGUUUGACGAACUCGAAUUUUCAGUCCGCUAUAAACUCGUGCCUGAGCGAAUCUGCUGUCACUGGAGACUGCGUCACUUAUGGUACCUCGACGACGAAAUUUGGAGUGAUGUCUACAUGGGACGUGAGCUUGGUGACGAACAUGCAAGACGCUUUCUAUAACAAGGGCAGUUUCAAUGGCGACAUUUCUCGAUGGGACACCUCGAGCGUGACUACGAUGCGUCAGAUGUUUUACGGUGCGAACAGCUUCGAUCGCGAUCUGAAUGACUGGGAUACUUCGAGUGUUCGUGACAUGUACCGAAUCUUUUAUUCGUCAAACGCAAAUCCUGACAUUGCGAUGUGGGAUACCUCGAGCAUGCAGACUAUGCACCGCGUGUUUGAUCGCGCGUACAUGUUUAAUCGCAAUUUGACAGCUUGGGACACAUCGAGCGUGACGGAGAUGAACUACAUGUUCACGUACGCGCACAAGUUCAACGGCGAAGUGAACGGUUGGGACACGUCGAAUGUUCGAAACAUGUAUUACAUGUUCCACUACGCCUACGACUUCGACCAAGAUCUCGAUAAAUGGGAUACAUCGAGCGUGACGGAUAUGCACUACAUGUUUGAGUACGCUCACGACUUUAACGGCAAGGUUGGUACGUGGGACGUAUCCCAAGUGACGAGUAUGCGUUUCAUGUUCCGUUUUUGUUACGUUUUCAACCAGAAUGUCUCGAGUUGGGACACGUCGAGGGUCACAGACAUGAAUUACAUGUUUUAUGAUGCUCGCCUAUUUACAUACGACGUAUCAAAGUGGAUUGGAAGCGCCGUUGAGAACUACCAGAGUAACAUGUUCAGUGGCGCUACGGCGUUCAAGGCGAAGUAUUGGUGUCCGGAUGUAAAUCGAGGCCCACCUACACAAUGCGUUUGCAUUUAUUCUUGCCCGACUUCCUCGACGCCGCCUUCCCCUCCAUCCUCUGUUUUGACCCCAAUCACGAACGAAAACAUCAAAGACGCCGUCAAGACUUGUUUGCUUGCAAACUCUGCCAAGAACUAUGUCGACGGCAUGUGCUAUGAGAGCGAAUACGGUGUUAUGCCAGACUGGGACGUGAGUAAAGUGACAGACAUGCAAAGUUUGUUUUCUGGGUAUUCAAGUUUUAAUGGGAACAUCACCGCCUGGGAUGUCUCCUCUGUAACGGACAUGAGUAACAUGUUUGAAAAUGCAAACGCUUUCACUCAAGAUUUGAGCGACUGGGAUACCUCGAGUCUUACACGUUUGUACCGUAUAUUCUAUACUUCGAAUGCGAAUCCGAAAGUUGCAAACUGGGACGUUUCGAGAGUGACUAGUAUGAGUGAGGUUUUUAGCCACGCGUAUUCUUUCAACCAGGAUAUCAGUUCUUGGGAUGUCUCGUCUGUGACGACUAUGUAUGAGUUGUUUUACAAUGCAGACAAAUAUAAUCAAGACUUGAACGGAUGGGACACCUCUCGCGUCAAGAACAUGCAGAGUAUCUUUCGAAGUGCGGAUGCUUUCAACGGCGCGAUUGACGGCUGGGAUGUAUCGAGCGUGACUACUUUUCGGUACAUGUUCUAUAGUCAGCACAGUUUUUUUGGCGACUUGAGCAACUGGGAAACUUCUAGUUUGACAGACAUGUAUCACAUGAUGUAUGAUUCGAAUGCGAAUCCUAAGCUCGCGAAUUGGGACGUAUCGAAAGUCACGAGUAUGAGUUAUGGUCCAUUCUAUUAUGCGUAUUCUUUCAACCAGGAUAUCAGCUCUUGGGACGUUUCAUCCGUGACGAAUAUGGAAUAUUUAUUUCACCAUGCGCGAAAGUUUAAUCAACCGAUUGGAAACUGGGACGUAUCGAAAGUCACAAAUAUGAAUUACAUGUUUCGUUAUGCCUACGAGUUCGCACAAGAUCUCACCUCCUGGCCGGAAACUUCAACGACUACGACCACGUCUGGUACUUAUUAUAUGUUCGGCGAUUCACCUGCAUUUCACGCGAGAUUCAGUUGUCCGAACAGUCAUUACGGUCCUCCUGUUAAGUGUACGUGUAAGUUUGACUGUCCAAUCACGGAUUCUAUUCUUUUGAGUCAAAUUUCUGCGUGUUUGAGUACCAAUCCUGUCGAUGGCUUGUGUUCUGGAUUAGCGAAAUACGGAGCUAUGCCUGAUUGGGACGUUUCUCGCGUCACGAGCUUAUCUCACGCUUUCAAAGAUUACGAAAACUUCGACGGAGAUAUAUCCAAAUGGGAUACUAGAAAAGUAACGAACAUGAAGGGACUCUUUUACAACGCUCGUUCUUUUAAUCAACCUAUAGGAGCUUGGGACACCUCGGCCGUCACCGAUAUGCGUUAUAUAUUGUAUGGAUCCACUGCAUUCAAACAAUCCUUGCAUGAAUGGACGGGUCCUGCCGCGAAGACCAUGCAAGAUAACAUGUUAUACGGUGCUACUGGAUUUCAAGCUCGAUACUUGUGUUCCGAUAUUUUGCGCGGACCUUUAACUUCGUGCCAAGUACGACCGACGCCAUCCCCUCUUAGUGAUUCGACAAUUUACGAUGCCAUCACAGCCUGUUUGUCUGAAUCUCCGAUACACGGCGAAUGCAUUACAUACGGUCUUCGUACUACAAACUUUGGGACGAUGCCGAACUGGGAUAUCGAAAAGGUUACGGAUCUUUCGUACGCUUUCAAGUACGAACCUGUUUUCAACGCAGAUAUCUCUUCCUGGGAUACCUCUAGCGUCACCAACAUGCGUGACAUGUUUCAUUACGCGUCCUCCUUUAAUCAACCUAUUGGCACUUGGCAAACUUCAAACGUGAGGGACAUGCAAUGGAUGUUCACACACGCGCACACUUUUAAUCAGCCACUUUCGUCGUGGAAUACUUCGAGCGUGACUAGUUUGUCCCAUACAUUUUCCAACGCUCGAGCGUUUAAUCAGCCUUUGAGUAAAUGGGAUACUCGAAAAUGUAGAAGUUUGUUUGCAAUGUUCGAUGGUGCCACUCAAUUCAAUCAGCAGUUACGUCAAUGGGAUUUAAGCAGUGUUACUUCCGCUGCUUGGAUGUUUCACCGGUCCACUGCUUUCAAUCAGUUAAUCUCAUUUUGGAAAGGAUCUUUCGUUUCUGAUGAGCAGGAAGGAAUUUUCCUUGGAGCAUCUUCUUUUACUGAAAAGUUCACUUGCAAAAGUUCGUGCAAUGGGCCGAUCAACUCAUGCGUCUCUUCUUCGUUAUUGAACAACUCGAAUUUUCAGUCCGCUAUAAACUCGUGCCUGAGCGAAUCUGCUGUCACUGGAGACUGCGUCACUUAUGGUACCUCGACGACGAAAUUUGGAGUGAUGUCUACAUGGGACGUGAGCUUGGUGACGAACAUGCAAGACGCUUUCUAUAACAAGGGCAGUUUCAAUGGCGACAUUUCUCGAUGGGACACCUCGAGCGUGACUACGAUGCGUCAGAUGUUUUACGGUGCGAACAGCUUCGAUCGUGAUCUGAAUGACUGGGAUACUUCGAGUGUUCGUGACAUGUACCGAAUCUUUUAUUCGUCAAACGCAAAUCCUGACAUUGCGAUGUGGGAUACCUCGAGCAUGCAGACUAUGCACCGCGUGUUUGAUCGCGCGUACAUGUUUAAUCGCAACUUGACAGCUUGGGACACAUCGAGCGUGACGGAGAUGAACUACAUGUUCACGUACGCGCACAAGUUCAACGGCGAAGUGAACGGUUGGGACACGUCGAACGUUCGAAACAUGUAUUACAUGUUCCACUACGCCCACGACUUCGACCAAGAUCUCGAUAAAUGGGAUACAUCGAGCGUGACGGAUAUGCACUACAUGUUUGAGUACGCUCACGACUUUAACGGCAAGGUUGGUACGUGGGACGUAUCCCAAGUGACAAGUAUGCGUUUCAUGUUCCGUUUUUGUUACGUUUUCAACCAGGAUGUCUCGAGUUGGGACACGUCGAGGGUCACAGACAUGAGUUACAUGUUUUAUGAUGCUCGUCUAUUUACAUACGACGUAUCAAAGUGGAUUGGAAGCGCCGUUGAGAACUACCAGAGCGAAAUGUUCAGUGGCGCUACGGCGUUCAAGGCGAAGUAUUGGUGUCCGGAUGUGAAUCGAGGCCCACCUACGCAAUGCUUUUGCAUUUAUUCUUGCCCGACUUCCUCGACGCCGCCUUCCCCUCCAUCCUCUGUUUUGACCCCAAUCACGAACGCAAACAUCAAAGACGCCGUCAAGACUUGUUUGCUUGCAAACUCUGCCAAGAACUAUGUCGACGGCAUGUGCUAUGAGAGCGAAUACGGUGUUAUGCUAGACUGGGACGUGAGUAAAGUGACAGACAUGCAAAGUUUGUUUUCUGGGUAUUCAAGUUUUAAUGGGAACAUCACCGCCUGGGAUGUCUCCUCUGUAACGGACAUGAGCAACAUGUUCCAAAAUGCAAACGCUUUCACUCAAGAUUUGAGCGACUGGGAUACCUCGAGUCUUACACGUUUGUACCGUAUAUUCUAUACUUCGAAUGCGAAUCCGAAAGUUGCAAACUGGGACGUUUCGAGAGUGACUAGUAUGAGUGAGGUUUUUAGCCACGCGUAUUCUUUCAACCAGGAUAUCAGUUCGUGGGAUGUCUCGUCUGUGACGACUAUGUAUGAGUUGUUUUACAAUGCAGACAAAUAUAAUCAAGACUUGAACGGAUGGGACACCUCUCGCGUCAAGAACAUGGAGGGCAUCUUUCGAAGUGCGGAUGCUUUCAACGGCGCGAUUGACGGCUGGGAUGUAUCGAGCGUGACUACUUUUCGGUACAUGUUCUAUAGUCAGCACAGUUUUUUUGGCGACUUGAGCAACUGGGAAACUUCUAGUUUGACAGACAUGUAUCACAUGAUGUAUGAUUCGAAUGCGAAUCCUAAGCUCGCGAAUUGGGACGUAUCGAAAGUCACGAGUAUGAGGUAUGGUCCAUUCUAUUAUGCGUAUUCUUUCAACCAGGAUAUCAGCUCUUGGGACGUUUCAUCCGUGACGGAUAUGGAACAAUUAUUUUACCAUGCGCGAAAGUUUAAUCAACCGAUUGGAAACUGGGACGUAUCGAAAGUCACAGAUAUGGAUUACAUGUUUCGUUAUGCCUACGAGUUUGCACAAGAUCUCACCUCCUGGCCGGAAACUUCAACGACUACGACCACGUCUGGUACUUAUUAUAUGUUCCACGAUGCGCAUGCAUUUCACGCGAGAUUCAGUUGUCCGAACGGUGAUUACGGUCCUCCUGUUAAGUGCACCGAUAAAUACAGCAGCACUUACUCACUUUCAGACACAAAUUUUUUCACUUCCGUUUAUUACUGUCUUUUGGAGUCUCCUAUGGAUGGUAAUUGCGUAAGCUAUGGAACCAUGCAAACGAAGUUUGGUGUAUUAUCAGAUUGGGACGUUUCAAAAGUAACGAAUAUGUCGCAUGCGUUCAAGAACGAGCUUCAUUUCGAUGGCGACCUUUCUAAAUGGUCGACAAAAAGCGUAACUUCUAUGGACGGCAUGUUUUAUGGAGCAAAGGCGUUCACUGGAUCGUUCUCCAUAAACCGGUGGGUGACUUCAAGUGUUUUGAACAUGGACUAUAUGUUUUUCGAGGCUGCUUCGUUCAACGGUUUAAUCGAUGGCUGGGACCUCUCGAGUGUUACGAGUCUUUCGCGUAUGUUCUACGGCGCUGAAACUUUCAAUCGAGCUCUUGGGGAUUGGGAUACUUCGAGCGUGAAAGACAUGAGCGGGAUGUUCUACUUGGCGAUUUCCUUUAAUCAGGCCAUUCAAAACUGGGACACGUCAAGCGUCAUUAACAUGAACGAAAUGUUUCGUAAUGCAACCGCAUUUUCUCAACCACUUUCUAGUUGGACUGGUCCGGCAGCGACGACGACUUCAUCUUCUGUAUUCACCUCCGCUCUCGCAUUUCUCGAGAAAUAUUCGUGCUCUGAUCAAAAUGACGGUCCGGUGAGUUCUUGCACUUGUUCCAAUUUCGAGUACUGUUUGAAUGAUUUUACUUUUCACGAUGCUAUUUCUGCGUGUCUUUUAGAGGAUCCUAUUCAUGGAGCGUGCUUAACGUACGGAAGUGUCAGUACGAAGCUUGGUGCAUCUAUAUCUAUCUGGGACACAUCGCGAGUGACUGACAUGGCCGGAGCUUUCAAAAAUCGAAUCGCGUUCAAAGGUGAUAUUUCUGGUUGGGAUACCCGAGCCGUCACAAACAUGGAAUACUUGCUUUUCAAUGCGACAUCAUUCACGGCGGACCUUUCGCAGUGGUCUGGUGUGGCAACGCAAGUUGCUCAAAAAGGGAUGUUAUAUUUAGCGUAUGCCUUUGGGAGGGAAUUCAUUUGUGAAAACCAAGAAUCUGGUCCUCUGAACUCAUGCGCAAUAAGCGUUCACGAGAAGUUAACGAAUUCAAAUUUUCGGUCCGCUAUAAACUCGUGCCUCAGCGAAUCUGCUGUCACUGGAGACUGCGUCACUUAUGGUACCUCGACGACGAAAUUUGGAGUGAUGUCUACAUGGGACGUGAGCUUGGUGACGAACAUGCAAGACGCUUUCUAUAACAAGGGCAGUUUCAAUGGCGACAUUUCUCGAUGGAACACCUCGAGCGUGACUACGAUGCGUCAGAUGUUUUACGGUGCGAACAGCUUCGAUCGCGAUCUGAAUGACUGGGAUACUUCGAGUGUUCGCGACAUGUACCGAAUCUUUUAUUCGUCAAACGCAAAUCCUGACAUUGCGAUGUGGGAUACCUCGAGCAUGCAGACUAUGCACCGCGUGUUUGAUCGCGCGUACAUGUUUAAUCGCAACUUGACAGCUUGGGACACAUCGAGCGUGACGGAGAUGAACUACAUGUUCACGUACGCGCACAAGUUUAACGGCGAAGUGAACGGUUGGGACACGUCGAACGUUCGAAACAUGUAUUACAUGUUCCACUACGCCCACGACUUCGACCAAGAUCUCGAUAAAUGGGAUACAUCGAGCGUGACGGAUAUGCACUACAUGUUUGAGUACGCUCACGACUUUAACGGCAAGGUUGGUACGUGGGACGUAUCCCAAGUGACAAGUAUGCGUUUCAUGUUCCGUUUUUGUUACGUUUUCAACCAGAAUGUCUCGAGUUGGGACACGUCGAGGGUCACAGAGAUGAGUUACAUGUUUUAUGAUGCUCGUCUAUUUACAUACGACGUAUCAAAGUGGAUUGGAAGCGCCGUUGAGAACUACCAGAGCGAAAUGUUCAGUGGCGCUACGGCGUUCAAGGCGAAGUAUUGGUGUCCGAAUGUAAAUCAGGGACCGCCGAGGUGGUGUCAAUCUUUUGCUUCAUCUUGUUUAUUACCUCCCCCAUCCUCUGUUUUGACCCCAAUCACGAACGCAAACAUCAGGAGUGCCAUCAGGGAAUGUUUCUUCGUGAGCUUCGGUCAAUAUUUUUCUAAUGGCGAGUGCUAUGAGAGCGAAUACGGUGUUAUGGCAGACUGGGACGUGAGUAAAGUGACAGACAUGCAAAGUUUGUUUUCUGGGUAUUCAAGUUUUAAUGGGAACAUCACCGCCUGGGAUGUCUCCUCUGUAACGGACAUGAGCAACAUGUUCCAAAGUGCGAACGCUUUCACUCAAGAUUUGAGCGACUGGGAUACCUCGAGUCUUACACGUUUGUACCGUAUAUUCUAUACUUCGAAUGCGAAUCCGAAAGUUGCAAACUGGGACGUUUCGAGAGUGACUAGUAUGAGUGAGGUUUUUAGCCACGCGUAUUCUUUCAACCAGGAUAUCAGUUCUUGGGAUGUCUCGUCUGUGACGACUAUGUAUGAGUUGUUUUACAAUGCAGACAAAUAUAAUCAAGACUUGAACGGAUGGGACACCUCUCGCGUCAAGAACAUGGAGGGCAUCUUUCGAAGUGCGGAUGCUUUCAACGGCGCGAUUGACGGCUGGGAUGUAUCGAGCGUGACUACUUUUCGGUACAUGUUCUAUAGUCAGCACAGUUUUUUUGGCGACUUGAGCAACUGGGAAACUUCUAGUUUGACAGACAUGUAUCACAUGAUGUAUGAUUCGAAUGCGAAUCCUAAGCUCGCGAAUUGGGACGUAUCGAAAGUCACGAGUAUGAGUUUAGGUCCAUUCUAUCAUGCGUAUUCUUUCAACCAGGAUAUCAGCUCUUGGGACGUUUCAUCCGUGACGAAUAUGGAAUAUUUAUUUUACCAUGCGCGAAAGUUUAAUCAACCGAUUGGAAACUGGGACGUAUCGAAAGUCACAAAUAUGAAUUACAUGUUUCGUUAUGCCUACGAGUUCGCACAAGAUCUCACCUCCUGGCCGGAAACUUCAACGACUACGACCACGUCUGGUACUUAUCAUAUGUUCUACGAUGCGCGUGCAUUUCACGCGAGAUUCAGUUGUCCGAACGGUCAUUACGGUCCUCCUGUUAAGUGUACGUGUAAGUUUGACUGUCCAAUCACGGAUUCUAUUCUUUUGAGUCAAAUUUCUGCGUGUUUGAGUACCAAUCCUGUCGAUGGCUUGUGUUCUGGAUUAGCGAAAUACGGAGCUAUGCCUGAUUGGGACGUUUCUCGCGUCACGAGCUUAUCUCACGCUUUCAAAGAUUACGAAAACUUCGACGGAGAUAUAUCCAAAUGGGAUACUAGAAAAGUAACGAACAUGAAGGGACUCUUUUACAACGCUCGUUCUUUUAAUCAACCUAUAGGAGCUUGGGACACCUCGGCCGUCACCGAUAUGCGUUAUAUAUUGUAUGGAUCCACUGCAUUCAAACAAUCCUUGCAUGAAUGGACGGGUCCUGCCGCGAAGACCAUGCAAGAUAACAUGUUAUACGGUGCUAUUGGAUUUCAAGCUCGAUACUUGUGUUCCGAUAUUUUGCGCGGACCUUUAACUUCGUGCCAAGUACGACCGACGCCAUCCCCUCUUAGUGAUUCGACAAUUUACGAUGCCAUCACAGCCUGUUUGUCUGAAUCUCCGAUACACGGCGAAUGCAUUACAUACGGUCUUCUUACUACAAACUUUGGGACGAUGCCGAACUGGGAUAUCGAAAAGGUUACGGAUCUUUCGUACGCUUUCAAGUACGAACCUGUUUUCAACGCAGAUAUCUCUUCCUGGGAUACCUCUAGCGUCACCAACAUGCGUGACAUGUUUCAUUACGCGUCCUCCUUUAAUCAACCUAUUGGCACUUGGCAAACUUCAAACGUGAGGGACAUGCAAUGGAUGUUCACACACGCGCACACUUUUAAUCAGCCACUUUCGUCGUGGAAUACUUCGAGCGUGACUAGUUUGUCCCAUACAUUUUCCAACGCUCGAGCGUUUAAUCAGCCUUUGAGUAAAUGGAAUACAUCGAGUGUGACAAAUACUGAGGGCAUCUUUCUCGAGGCAUUGACAUUCCAUCAAAGAUUCUCUUGCACAAGCUCAAGUAACGGCCCUAUAAGCUCGUGCACUUGCACCUCUGCGUAUUGUUUGACGAACUCGAAUUUUCAGUCCGCUAUAAACUCGUGCCUCAGCGAAUCUGCUGUCACUGGAGACUGCGUCACUUAUGGUACCUCGACGACGAAAUUUGGAGUGAUGUCUACAUGGGACGUGAGCUUGGUGACGAACAUGCAAGACGCUUUCUAUAACAAGGGCAGUUUCAAUGGCGACAUUUCUCGAUGGAACACCUCGAGCGUGACUACGAUGCGUCAGAUGUUUUACGGUGCGAACAGCUUCGAUCGCGAUCUGAAUGACUGGGAUACUUCCAGUGUUCGUGACAUGUACCGAAUCUUUUACUCGUCGAACGCAAAUCCUGACAUUGCGAUGUGGGAUACCUCGAGCAUGCAGACUAUGCACCGCGUGUUUGAUCGCGCGUACAUGUUUAAUCGCAACUUGACAGCUUGGGACACAUCGAGCGUGACGGAGAUGAACUACAUGUUCACGUACGCGCACAAGUUUAACGGCGAAGUGAACGGUUGGGACACGUCGAAUGUUCGAAACAUGUAUUACAUGUUCCACUACGCCUACGACUUCGACCAAGAUCUCGAUAAAUGGGAUACAUCGAGCGUGACGGAUAUGCACUACAUGUUUGAGUACGCUCACGACUUUAACGGCAAGGUUGGUACGUGGGACGUAUCCCAAGUGACGAGUAUGCGUUUCAUGUUCCGUUUUUGUUACGUUUUCAACCAGAAUGUCUCGAGUUGGGACACGUCGAGGGUCACAGACAUGAAUUACAUGUUUUAUGAUGCUCGCCUAUUUACAUACGACGUAUCAAAGUGGAUUGGAAGCGCCGUUGAGAACUACCAGAGUAACAUGUUCAGUGGCGCUACGGCGUUCAAGGCGAAGUAUUGGUGUCCGGAUGUAAAUCGAGGCCCACCUACACAAUGCGUUUGCAUUUAUUCUUGCCCGACUUCCUCGACGCCGCCUUCCCCUCCAUCCUCUGUUUUGACCCCAAUCACGAACGAAAACAUCAAAGACGCCGUCAAGACUUGUUUAUUUUCAAACGCGGGUAAAUAUUAUGUCGACGGCAUGUGCUAUGAGAGCGAAUACGGUGUUAUGCCAGACUGGGACGUGAGUAAAGUGACAGACAUGCAAAGUUUGUUUUCUGGGUAUUCAAGUUUUAAUGGGAACAUCACCGCCUGGGAUGUCUCCUCUGUAACGGACAUGAGCAACAUGUUCCAAAAUGCAAACGCUUUCACUCAAGAUUUGAGCGACUGGGAUACCUCGAGUCUUACACGUUUGUACCGUAUAUUCUAUACUUCGAAUGCGAAUCCGAAAGUUGCAAACUGGGACGUUUCGAGAGUGACUAGUAUGAGUGAGGUUUUUAGCCACGCGUAUUCUUUCAACCAGGAUAUCAGUUCUUGGGAUGUCUCGUCUGUGACGACUAUGUAUGAGUUGUUUUACAAUGCAGACAAAUAUAAUCAAGACUUGAACGGAUGGGACACCUCUCGCGUCAAGAACAUGGAGGGCAUCUUUCGAAGUGCGGAUGCUUUCAACGGCGCGAUUGACGGCUGGGAUGUAUCGAGCGUGACUACUUUUCGGUACAUGUUCUAUAGUCAGCACAGUUUUUUUGGCGACUUGAGCAACUGGGAAACUUCUAGUUUGACAGACAUGUAUCACAUGAUGUAUGAUUCGAAUGCGAAUCCUAAGCUCGUGAAUUGGGACGUAUCGAAAGUCACGAGUAUGAGUUUAGGUCCAUUCUAUCAUGCGUAUUCUUUCAACCAGGAUAUCAGCUCUUGGGACGUUUCAUCCGUGACGAAUAUGGAAUAUUUAUUUUACCAUGCGCGAAAGUUUAAUCAACCGAUUGGAAACUGGGACGUAUCGAAAGUCACAAAUAUGAAUUACAUGUUUCGUUAUGCCUACGAGUUCGCACAAGAUCUCACCUCCUGGCCGGAAACUUCAACGACUACGACCACGUCUGGUACUUAUUAUAUGUUCCACAAUGCGCAUGCAUUUCACGCGAGAUUCAGUUGUCCGAACGGUGAUUACGGUCCUCCUGUUAAGUGCACCGAUAAAUACAGCAGCACUUACUCACUUUCAGACACAAAUUUUUUCACUUCCGUUUAUUACUGUCUUUUGGAGUCUCCUGUGGAUGGUAAUUGCGUAAGCUAUGGAACCAUGCAAACGAAGUUUGGUGUAUUAUCAGAUUGGGACGUUUCAAAAGUAACGAAUAUGUCGUAUGCGUUCAAGAACGAGCUUCAUUUCGAUGGUGACCUUUCUAAAUGGUCGACAAAAAGCGUAACUUCUAUGGACGGCAUGUUUUAUGGAGCAAAGGCGUUCACUGGAUCGUUCUCCAUAAACCGGUGGGUGACUUCAAGUGUUUUGAACAUGGACUAUAUGUUUUUCGAGGCUGCUUCGUUCAACGGUUUAAUCGAUGGCUGGGACCUCUCGAGUGUUACGAGUCUUUCGCGUAUGUUCUAUGGCGCUGAAACUUUCAAUCGAGCUCUUGGGGAUUGGGAUACUUCGAGCGUGAAAGACAUGAGCGGGAUGUUCUACUUGGCGAUUUCCUUUAAUCAGGCCAUUCAAAACUGGGACACGUCAAGCGUCAUUAACAUGAACGAAAUGUUUCGUGAGGCAAGUUCCUUCAAUCAGGCCAUUCAAAAAUGGGACACUGUCAAUGUUGUAGACAUGAGCGGGAUGUUCCACUUGGCGAUUUCCUUUAAUCAGGCCAUUCAAAACUGGGACACGUCAAGCGUCAUUAACAUGAACGAAAUGUUUCGUAAUGCAACCGCAUUUUCUCAACCACUUUCUAGGUGGACUGGUCCGGCAGCGACGACGACUUCAUCUUCUGUAUUCACCUCCGCUCUCGCAUUUCUCGAGAAAUAUUCGUGCUCUGAUCAAAAUGACGGUCCGGUGAGUUCUUGCACUUGUUCCAAUUUCGAGUACUGUUUGAAUGAUUUUACUUUUCACGAUGCUAUUUCUGCGUGUCUUUUAGAGGAUCCUAUUCAUGGAGCGUGCUUAACGUACGGAAGUGUCAGUACGAAGCUUGGUGCAUCUAUAUCUAUCUGGGACACAUCGCGAGUGACUGACAUGGCCGGAGCUUUCAAAUAUCGAAUCGCGUUCAAAGGUGAUAUUUCUGGUUGGGAUACCCGAGCCGUCACAAACAUGGAAUACUUGCUUUUCAAUGCGACAUCAUUCACGGCGGACCUUUCGCAGUGGUCUGGUGUGGCAACGCAAGACAGGCAGACUGAAAUGCUUUACGGAGCAGUAUCUUUUGCUGGAAAAUUCCUCUGUGAAAACGAGAUAUCUGGACCCUUGAACUCGUGCGGCCCAAUCGAGAAGUUAACGAAUUCAAAUUUUCAGUCCGCUAUAAACUCGUGCCUGAGCGAAUCUGCUGUCACUGGAGACUGCGUCACUUAUGGUACCUCGACGACGAAAUUUGGAGUGAUGUCUACAUGGGACGUGAGCUUGGUGACGAAGAUGCAAGACGCUUUCUAUAACAAGGGCAGUUUCAAUGGCGACAUUUCUCGAUGGAACACCUCGAGCGUGACUACGAUGCGUCAGAUGUUUUACGGUGCGAACAGCUUCGAUCGCGAUCUGAAUGACUGGGAUACUUCGAGUGUUCGUGACAUGUACCGAAUCUUUUAUUCGUCAAACGCAAAUCCUGACAUUGCGAUGUGGGAUACCUCGAGCAUGCAGACUAUGCACCGCGUGUUUGAUCGCGCGUACAUGUUUAAUCGCAACUUGACAGCUUGGGACACAUCGAGCGUGACGGAGAUGAACUACAUGUUCACGUACGCGCACAAGUUCAACGGCGAAGUGAACGGUUGGGACACGUCGAACGUUCGAAACAUGUAUUACAUGUUCCACUACGCCCACGACUUCGACCAAGAUCUCGAUAAAUGGGAUACAUCGAGCGUGACGGAUAUGCACUACAUGUUUGAGUACGCUCACGACUUUAACGGCAAGGUUGGUACGUGGGACGUAUCCCAAGUGACGAGUAUGCGUUACAUGUUCCGUUUUUGUUACGUUUUCAACCAGAAUGUCUCGAGUUGGGACACGUCGAGGGUCACAGACAUGAGUUACAUGUUUAAUGAUGCUCGUCUAUUUACAUACGACGUAUCAAAGUGGAUUGGAAGCGCCGUUGAGAACUACCAGAGCGAAAUGUUCAGUGGCGCUACGGCGUUCAAGGCGAAGUAUUGGUGUCCGAAUGUAAAUCAGGGACCGCCGAGGUGGUGUCAAUCUUUUGCUUCAUCUUGUUUAUUACCUCCCCCAUCCUCUGUUUUGACCCCAAUCACGAACGCAAACAUCAGGAGUGCCAUCAGGGAAUGUUUCUUCGUGAGCUUCGGUCAAUAUUUUUCUAAUGGCGAGUGCUAUGAGAGCGAAUACGGUGUUAUGGCAGACUGGGACGUGAGUAAAGUGACAGACAUGCAAAGUUUGUUUUCUGGGUAUUCAAGUUUUAAUGGGAACAUCACCGCCUGGGAUGUCUCCUCUGUAACGGACAUGAGCAACAUGUUCCAAAAUGCAAACGCUUUCACUCAAGAUUUGAGCGACUGGGAUACCUCGAGUCUUACACGUUUGUACCGUAUAUUCUAUACUUCGAAUGCGAAUCCGAAAGUUGCAAACUGGGACGUUUCGAGAGUGACUAGUAUGAGUGAGGUUUUUAGCCACGCGUAUUCUUUCAACCAGGAUAUCAGUUCUUGGGAUGUCUCGUCUGUGACGACUAUGUAUGAGUUGUUUUACAAUGCAGACAAAUAUAAUCAAGACUUGAACGGAUGGGACACCUCUCGCGUCAAGAACAUGGAGGGCAUCUUUCGAAGUGCGGAUACUUUCAACGGCGCGAUUGACGGCUGGGAUGUAUCGAGCGUGACUACUUUUCGGUACAUGUUCUAUAGUCAGCACAGUUUUUUUGGCGACUUGAGCAACUGGGAAACUUCUAGUUUGACAGACAUGUAUCGCAUGAUGUAUGAUUCGAAUGCGAAUCCUAAGCUCGCGAAUUGGGACGUAUCGAAAGUCACGAGUAUGAGGUUUGGUCCAUUCUAUUAUGCGUAUUCUUUCAACCAGGAUAUCAGCUCUUGGGACGUUUCAUCCGUGACGAAUAUGGAAUAUUUAUUUAACCAUGCGCAAAAGUUUAAUCAACCGAUUGGAAACUGGGACGUAUCGAAAGUCACAAAUAUGGAUUACAUGUUUCGUUAUGCCUACGAGUUUGCACAAGAUCUCACCUCCUGGCCGGAAACUUCAACGACUACGACCACGUCUGGUACUUAUCAUAUGUUCCACGAUGCGCAUGCAUUUCACGCGAGAUUCAGUUGUCCGAACGGUGAUUACGGUCCUCCUGUUAAGUGUACGUGUAAGUCGGGUUUAUGUUUGGACGAUACAAACUUUAAAGCUGCUGUUGGUGCGUGUUUGGCUGAAUCCCCAGAAGAAGGAAAAUGCAUUUCGUAUGGUACGGUCACAACGGAUUAUGGUAUUAUGGAAGAUUGGGAUACAAGCUCGGUUAUCGAUAUGUCGUUCGCGUUUGGGGCAAACUGUGAUAAUUUUGCGACUGAUUGCAAUCGCUCGUAUUCAGCCAUUUUCAACGCAGACAUCUCUCGUUGGGAUACAAGUAGCGUAAAAACUAUGCGCGGCAUGUUUAAUACGGCUACCACCUUCAAUCAAGCAAUCGGAUCGUGGGAUGUUUCUCAGGUUACUGAUAUGUCUAGUAUGUUUGAAGAUGCACAAAACUUCAACGAGACCAUAUCAGAUUGGGAUACGUCUUCGGUAACGAGUAUGAAUAGUAUGUUUGCAAGAUCAAUAUCCUUUUCCCAGACAUCAACGCUAUGGGAUACGAACAGUGUAGUCGACACGACAAAUAUGUUUCUUGGAGCAGCUGCUUUUUUUGAACAGUACGCAUGCGCAGAGAACGAAAAUGGCCCUCCCAAAAGCUGUCAUUGCAUCGGUUGUUUAACUGAUUCCUCAUUUAAUUCUUCUCUUGCUUCGUGCCUGGCGGAAGAUCCAGAAUACGGAUUGUGCGAAACAUUCGGCGCUUCGAGCGGUUUUGGAGUAAUGCCUGAAUGGAAUGUUCAUCUCGUCAGUGAUAUGCGAGGAGCUUUUCAAGAUAGAUCAAUUUUCAAUGGUGACAUUAGUUUGUGGGACACGAGCAGUGUGACGAAUAUGGAAUCCAUGUUCCGAAACGCAAUAGCAUUUGCUCGGGAGAUCGCAGUAUGGGAAGGGUUCGCGGCGAGUUCUUCCCAAGAUGGUAUUUUUCUCGGGGCUGUUGAAUUCUAUGCGAAUUUUAAAUGCAAGGACGAGACUAUUUUAAGCUCGUGUAAGCAGCAAAGAAGUAAAACUUUGGUCACUGAUGUUACCUUUGAAUUCGCCAUUACCAAAUGUCUAGAAGAGGCGCCGAUUUCCGGCGAUUGUCAAAUUUACGGGAAAUCCACGACGAGUUUUGACAUCAUGUCAAACUGGGAUACUAGUUUGGUAACGAACAUGGGGAGUGCGUUUGAGAACAAAGUUGAGUUCAAUGGCGAUAUUUCUCGGUGGGAUACUUCGAAUGUCGUUUUUAUGGACAAGCUAUUUCUCAACGCAGCUUCGUUUAACAAGCCUUUGACAUUUUGGAGUGCGACUAAAGUACUCACCAUGGAGCGCAUGUUUGAAGGUGCGAGUGCUUUCGAUCGCGAUGUUACAUUCUUAGUUACGUCUAGUGAUACCAACAUGGAUGGAAUGUUUACUAAUGCGAAUUCUUUUCUUGCCAAGUUCAAAUGUGAGAGUAUGAUCAGCGGACCUCCAAGUUCGUGCAUGUGCUCUCGCGAAUUAGACUGUUGUGUCGGACAAGCUUGCAGAUUAGAACUCGACGACAUGAAUCUGAUGGAUGCAGUUUCUGAAUGCUUGCUCGAGGACCCUAUUUAUGGAUUGUGCGAAAGAUUUGGUUCAAGACGAAAGCUCGGAACAAUGCCAGAUUGGGACGUUGGUCGAGUUACGAACAUGCAAAGUGUUUUUGCCAUGAGAGAAAAUUUCAACGGUAACAUAUCCGCGUGGAACGUUUCGAGCGUCACGAGUAUGUACCAAAUGUUUAAAUUUGCUCGUUCUUUUAACGGAGACAUCGGCGCAUGGGAUACUUCGAGAGUUACAAAUAUGGAGCGCAUGUUUCAUGGCGCGUCGAAAUUUGACCAAUAUAUUUUGAUAUGGACUGGCGCGGCGGCUACUAGCGCGCAGUCUGGAAUUUUCACCGAAGCUUUAGCUUUUCAAACGAGAUUUAAUUGCAGUGGUGUCUUGGAAUUAGGAGCGAAUGUCGUGUGGAACGGUCCAAUUUCUUCGUGCGAUUGUAAAUAUUCAUGCCCGUUGACGGAUGAUGCAAUUGCAUCUGGGGUCUCUGAAUGUUUACUCUCUCAUCCCGUGGAUGGGUUGUGCUCCUCAGAUACUUUAUACGGUGCUAUGCCAAACUGGGAUGUCUCUCUCGUCACGAACAUGAGCGGUUUAUUUAAGGGUUAUGAACUCUUCAACGGCGAUAUUUCUAAAUGGAUUACCGCAAGUGUAACCAACAUGGAAUCUAUGUUUUCUGGAGCAACUUCGUUUAACCAGGAUAUCUCUGAAGCUUGGCAGGGACCGGCCACAGAAACGACACAGACUGAUAUGUUUGCUGGCGCAACUGCUUUUCAAGCCGCGUUCAAAUGCGCAGACGUAAUAAACGGACCGUUGAAUCAGUGUUAUUGCAUCGGUUGUUUAACUGAUUCCACAUUUAAUUCUUCUCUUGCUUCGUGCCUGGCGGAAGAUCCAGAAUACGGAUUGUGCGAAACAUUCGGCGCUUCGAGCGGUUUUGGAGUAAUGCCUGAAUGGAAUGUUCAUCUCGUCAGUGAUAUGCGAGGAGCUUUUCAAGAUAGAUCAAUUUUCAAUGGUGACAUUAGUUUGUGGGACACGAGCAGUGUGACGAAUAUGGAAUCCAUGUUCCAAAACGCAACAUCUUUUGAGCGCGGGAUCGGAACCUGGAGAGGAGUUGCGGCUUCUGCUCCACAGAAAGAUAUGUUCCGCACCGCUUCAGCGUUCCAGGCAACAUAUUCAUGCAGAAAUAUUGUAUCUGGUCCCGCACAAUCGUGCGUAACCCCCUUAUCUGACGUGACUUUCCACAUCGCCAUUUCAUCGUGCUUAGAAUUAGACAGUAAGAUUGGAUCCUGUUCGAAGUAUAGUACGGUUUUCGGGGAAAUUCCUCACUGGGAUGUUUCAAACGUAACUAAUAUGCGCGGAGCAUUUUCAAACUACGAACAAUUCAACGCCGAUAUUUCAAGUUGGGAUGUUUCAUUCGUUACAGAUAUGGGAUAUAUGUUUUACAACUCGCAAGCCUUCAAUCAAAAUAUUGAGAAUUGGGACACUUCAAACGUUGAGAAUAUGGAAAGGAUGUUUUCAUUUGCGAAAAACUUCAAUGUAAAUAUCAACGGAUGGAGCGUUGAGAAAGUCACGAAAAUGACAGGCAUGUUUUGGAAAGCUGAAAAGUUUAACCAACCGUUACAUGACUGGGAUACUUCUAAUGCUAUAGACGCUGAAGAAAUGUUUCUCAUGACUCCGAAUUUCAUGCGUAAUAUCUCGAUGUGGAAAGGUACAAUUGGAUCGACGCCACAGUCGGUCAUAUUCUAUGAAGCGACGAAAUUUAUAUCCAAAUAUGAGUGUACGGAUGCAACUAAUGGACCGGUUAAUUCGUGCGUGUGUGUUUCGGGCUGUAUUUUGGACUCCAUGUUUCAUGCCGCCAUCAAUGAGUGUUUGGAAGAAGACCCCUUCUUUGGUGUCUGCACAUCAUAUAGUGAGAGGAGUAAAUACGGAGUCAUGUCGGACUGGGAUGUGAGCGCAGUAACAAACAUGCAAGCCGCGUUUUUAGGACGUCGCCAAUUUAAUGGUGACAUUUCUUCUUGGGACACGUCAUCCGUCACGAGCAUGAAAUCUAUGUUUGAUUCGAAUUCAACCGAUUAUGGGAUGAUAUUUAAUCAGGAUUUGAGUCGAUGGGAUACGUCAAAAGUGUUGGACAUGUACGAGAUGUUUGCGCAUUGCUGGCAUUUUGAUUCUGAUAUCAGUUUAUGGGACACUUUGAGCGUUACCAACAUGAACGGAAUGCUAGCCAAUGCAAAAUCUUUCCAACAGGACAUAUCAACAUGGCAAGGAAGCGCUGCUACAAGUUCUGGUCAAGGCAUUUUUUCAGGUGCAUCUGUAUUCAAUUCGAAAUUUUUUUGUAAGGAAGGCGAUGAUGGACCAAUCAGUUCUUGCGCUUGCCAAACGCAUAGUGAGUGCGGAUUACGCGGCGCAACAUUCAAUGCCGCCAUAGAGGAGUGUUUGCAAGAGGCUGAAGUAGACGGAUUGUGCGAAUCUUACGGAGUUCUCAGUGGCUUUGGCACGAUGCCAAAUUGGGAUACAAGUGUUGUAAAAAAUAUGAAUGGCGCUUUUAGUGAACGCACAACUUUCAACGCCGAUUUAUCAAAGUGGAACACUGCACAAGUAACUGAUAUGCAGGCUAUGUUUUAUAGUUCCUCCGCUUUCAAUCAGGAUCUUAGUGGUUGGGACACAUAUCGCGUGGUAAGCAUGUUUCGAAUGUUCAUGAGAGCAUCAGCCUUUGAUCACGAUAUUUCGAAUUGGCAAGGCUUUGCUGCCUCAAAUGCACAAGGUCAAAUGUUUUCGUUAGCGACAGCGUUUCAAGCAAAAUUUAAUUGCUCUAAUGCAGAUGCUGGACCCUUGACUUCUUGUUUUGACCCCGAGUACGUGCUGCUCGAUGAGUCCUUCUCAGAAGCCAUUUCGAGCUGUUUAGCAGAAUCUCCCAAAGAUGGUCUGUGCACAGAGUAUGGUUUGAAAACAAAGAAGUAUGGAACGAUGCCCAACUGGGAUACGUCCCGUAUCACGAGAAUGGUUGGUCACGAUGGAAACGGUUUUGUAGGAUUCGCUCAAGAACAGGAAUUCAACGGCGAUAUAUCAAAAUGGAAUACGUCGCAAGUUACUACCAUGCGUAGCAUGUUCUGGGAAGCGGCAAAAUUCAAUCAAGACAUUGGCAAGUGGGACACUGCAAAAGUGACUGACAUGCAUCAAAUUUUCAGAAACACAGCCUUUAAUCGAGAUAUUGGAGAGUGGAAUACGGCUCAAGUCACCGACAUGAGCCGCAUGUUUCGUCAAGCUGUGAACUUUAAUCAAUAUAUUGGAGAUUGGAAUACUUUACAAGUUACAAAUAUGAAAGACAUGUUCUAUGAGGCUCGCUCUUUUGAUCAAAACAUAGGCAGUUGGAAUAUUUCUAAAGUCGAAAAUAUGAACAGCAUGUUUUAUAAAGCAUAUUCGUUCACGCAAGAUGUCUCGAAAUGGGACGAUUCCUCAGUAACUGAUUCCGUGGAUUUAUUUGGAGAUAUUGUAACAUUUUUUCUGCGGUUUUCUUGUCCUGUCGAUGGUCCGGCGAGCACCUGCGUGGAUAAAACUCCUGAGUCGCCCACACUUGUAACAGAUGAUAAUUUUUACAGUGCAAUAGAAACUUGCCUAACGAUGGAUGAUAAAGCAUAUGCUGAAAAUGGAAUGUGUUACGCAAGUGAGUAUGGGGCGAUGCAGUAUUGGGAUACGAGCCGGGUCACAGACAUGCGCGGGUGGGUUGGAAGACUUUACGUCGGUUUUGGUAAUCGUGUUUCGUUCAAUGCAAAUAUUUCAAGCUGGGACACGUCGCAGGUCACAAACAUGUUCCGAAUGUUUGAAAACAAUGCUGCGUUUGAUCACGAUGUAUCGAGAUGGGCCGAUGCGCGGGUUGAAAAUUUUGGGCAAAUGUUCUCUGGAGCAUCUGCUUUUCAGGCAAAGUUCGUAUGCGACGACCUUCUUUCUGGUCCCCCGAAAACGUGCGACGAAAAAGAGAGAAUCCUGUUGGAUUCGUAUUUUUUCGCAUCGGUCGAUGCAUGUCUUCAAGAAGCGCCCGUGGACGGUUUGUGCUACACCUUCGGGACGGUGACCAAGAAAUUUGGCGUCAUGCCGGAUUGGGAUACGCAUCGGGUUGAAAACAUGGAGGCGGCGUUCAAAAAUAAAACGCUGUUCAACGGUGACAUAACGAAGUGGAACACAUCGAGCGUGACCUCCAUCCGCGAUAUGUUCUAUUCUGCCUCUUCUUUCAAUCAAGACAUCAGCGGUUGGGAUGUUUCUCAAGUCACGAGCAUGAGUGGAGUAUUUUACGGAGCGUCUGCAUUCGAUAUAGAUAUCUCAAGCUGGAAUGAUAUUCUUCUUCUUUUGAAUACAGGAGAAGAAAUAUUUACUGGAUCGACAAUCUUUCAAAAUAUCACUCUGCGUGUCGGGGACGUGCCUCUCUCGACAACUGCUCUCACGUGGCCAGGAGCCACGAUGUCUUGGUCGGAUGAGUCGGGAAAUAACAACGAUGUGAUACUUCUUGACGGGGUUAAGUUUAAUAGCAAAUAUGGUGGGUACGUGUCAUUUGAUGCUUCAUUAAGUAAUUCGCGCGGUUACAUAAGUAAUGAUUUGCAUUACGCAGGAGGCACAAAAGUUAUCGAAGAGCUCACGGUUCUUGUCUGGAUGCGAACGAAUUACAGCAAUGGAGAAAAUACUCCAGACGGAUCGUAUGACAUCAACCAGUCGUCGUUUAUCGAUUUUGAUCGAUCGGAAGUAUUCAAUUUCUAUCUCGAAGGUGCCGGCCAACUUAAAUUUUCGGGCAGCAGUAGUAACUCUGGUGGAUUUUCUGAAUAUUACGACCUCGGAGCGGGCACGGAUGAGUUGUAUAACGACGGCGAAUGGCAUUUGCUAGGGGUUACGUUCAGCGUCUCAAAUCAAAAAAUUAAAUUGUUCGCUGAUGGAGUGCUGAAAAAGACAUUCUCGGCUAACGGCACCAUGACGGCCCUUGGAAGUCAUUCGGCUUCUUUGAGAAGGUACGGAAUGAUAGCUGAUGUAUCCAAAGCUGCUGUUGAAAACGGCGCUACCGGAUCUGCUGGCGGGUACACUGGUGAUUUAGCUGCGAUUAUUUUCCACGACUCCACGACUCUCACGGAUGCCGAAAUCGAAAGCGUCUUCAAGGCUCAAACCCAAAGAUUCAGCUCCAGUGCAGAGUAUAUUCAGUCUCCACCAAGUCCGCCACCAAGCCCACCACCGCCGCUUCCUCCUCCAUCUCCACCACCGCCGCUUCCUCCUCCAUCUCCACCACCAUCUUCGCCUCCCCCAUCACCUCCACCCUCGCCACCUCCGAGCCCUCCCCCGUCUCCACACCCGAGUCCCCCGCCGUCGCCUCCGCUGUUGCCGAAUGCACCGCCGAGUCCACCGCCGAGUCCACCGCCGAAUCCACCACCGAAUCCACCACCUCCUUUGGAUCCGAUUCCAUCUGCAAGUUGGCACACUUUCGUCGCGGAUUGUUUGACGGAAGUAGGCGCGGAAGUUACCGGUGAGUGCACGACAUGGGCGUCUGGUAAUGAUUACGGGACGAUGCCAAAUUGGAACGUGAGUUUGGUGACGGAUAUGAGUGGAUAUACUGGAAGUGCUUAUCAAGGUUUUAGCUGGAAUUCUGCGUUUAACGGCGACAUUUCGAACUGGGACACAUCUCAAGUGACAAAUAUGUACGCUAUGUUUUGGCAAGCUACUUCCUUCAACAGACCUAUAGGGGGAUGGGACACAUCUAAAGUGACGAAUAUGAAUUCUGUAUUUAGUAGUGCCAAUGCAUUCAACCAAGACAUUGGGAGUUGGGACACAUCACAAGUGACGGAUAUGGCUUAUAUGUUUUCUUCCGCUUCUGCGUUCAACCAAGACAUUGGGAAUUGGAACAUAUCGCAAGUUACUGGUAUGCAUGGUAUGUUUCAAUACGCCUCUGUGUUCAACCAACCGAUGGGGAGUUGGGACACCUCUCGAGUGACGGAAAUGGGUGAAAUGUUUAAGCAUGCUAUCUUAUUUGAUGAAUUAAUCGGAAGUUGGGACACAUCACAAGUGACGGACAUGUCAAACAUGUUCGAAAACGCUUCUGUGUUUAACCGAGACAUUUCUUCGUGGACUGGAACGGCGGCAACGACUGUGCAAACCGGCAUAUUUACGGAUGCGACAGCAUUCAUCGCAAGAUUUACAUGCGAUGACCCUGUAAAUGGUCCACCGCAAACGUGCUACGAUCCGGAUGUGUCGCUCACGGAUGAAACAUUUUAUUCUGCAAUUGAAUCUUGUUUAGCUGAGGCUCCACUGGAUGGAGUUUGUAAAGAAUUUGGCUUGUACUCGACACGAUACGGGAUAAUAUCAGACUGGGACACGAAAAGGGUCACAAAUAUGUCGGGCGUUUCUUUUUAUGACAACACGGAGCAUUACAUAGGUUUUGCGCUAAAAGAUGCGUUUAACGGCGACAUAACCAGAUGGGAUACCUCACACGUUACAGAUAUGAGCAGUAUGUUUUACGGAACGUCGAUGUUUAACAAACCCAUAGGUAGUUGGGACACAUCUCGGGUAUCAAACAUGAAAUUAAUGUUUGGAAACGCCUCUGCCUUCAAUCAAGAUCUUUGGGAUUGGAGCACUUCGAAUGUCUUAAAUAUGGAGCAAAUGUUCGCUGAUGCUAUCGUGUUUGAUAAAGAUAUCAACGCGUGGGACACUUCAGCGGUGACGAAUAUGGACUCCAUGUUUCAAAACGCACUCGCAUACGCUGAUAAAUACUCCUGCACGGACUCGAACAGCGGUCCUCCCAAUUCAUGUACAUGCAUCAAAGGCGCUUGCUUCAUAACAGAUACAAUCUUUUACGACGCAAUCGCAAAUUGCCUGGCAGAAUCUCCGGAAGAUGGGUUGUGCGUUACGUGGGGAACACAAGCGACGAAUUAUGGCGUGAUGCCUGAGUGGGACACCUCAAGGGUAACAAAUAUGACUGGAUGGAACUCUUACUAUGUAGGCUUUGGCGGAAAAUCUAUAUUUAACGGUAACAUUUCAAAUUGGGAAACUUCUCGAGUUACGAGCAUGUACAGAAUGUUUGCCGGGGCGACGAAAUUCAAUCAAGAUAUAAGUAAAUGGGAUACUUCUCAAACUACAACUAUGAGCAGAAUGUUCGAAGAAGCGAGCGAAUUCGAUAUAGACAUAAGCUCUUGGAACGAUUCUGCUCUGGUGACAUCGGAUCAAAUGUUCAUAGGUGCGAGUAAUUUUCUAUUGAAAUACUCGUGCACGAAUCUGAGGUCUGGUCCUGCCAGUUUAUGUUCUCCAAGAGCGAGAUCUCGAUGUUCAAAACUACUCAAAACAGCAUCUUUGGGUCAACAAUUAGAAACUUUCUCAUUUGCUACUGGACAUUCGUCGUAUUAUCAUGUGAAAACUGUGGCGACAACAUCGAACGAUAUGACAGGUUGGAACAGUUUGUAUAUGAUUGGUGGAACGACAAAAUGCGAUGGCGCUUGGUUCGGAGGUCUCGUGAAUGGUAAACCGUUCAUCGGUACGCAAUGCGUUGUUGGAUACCAAGUCGCUCCUCAAAGCUUGCUACCGAGUACAAAAUACGCAAUGGAAUGGAAAUAUGAUCCAAACACGAAAAAGUACGAAAUCAUAAUCGAUGGUGAAAUUGUUUUGAGCGGGACUCAGGACUUCCCUGUAAUGAACGGAGGUUACAUCACUAUCGGUGGCGGGGCGCAUACAUACGCUAAUGAACUUUGGGGAGGUAGCAUUGAUUCGCUCGAAUUAAAUUGGUGCAGCGAUCUCACAGAUGCAAAUUAUUACAGCGCCGUGGAGAAUUGUUUGCUCGAGGCUCCUGUGGAUGGAUUAUGCCAUACGUUCGGGUAUUCAACGAAUUCAUUUGGACUAAUGCCCGACUGGGAUACGAGUUUAGUGACAAAUAUGGCGGGUUACGAUGGAUCUAAACAUGUAGGGUUUGCCACGAGAAUGGCAUUUAACGGGGACAUUUCGAAAUGGGAUACUGCUCAAGUGACGGACAUGUCGUUCAUGUUUUACCAAGCUUCAGCAUUUAAUCAAAAGAUUGGGAAUUGGAGCACAGUGAAAGUCACGGAUAUGAGUGGAAUGUUUUUCAAAGCAGCUUUGUUUGAUUCAGAAAUAAAAAAUUGGGAUAUUUCUUUGGUAACAAACCUAGCGCGCACGUUUUCUCAAGCAUAUGCGUUUAAUCAGUCCAUCGGUGCCUGGGAUACGGCGAAAGUGAGGAAUAUGCAAUCAACAUUCUCUCAAGCCUUUAAAUUUAAUCAAAAUAUAAAUUCGUGGAAUACUGCAGCCGUGACUAACAUGGAAGAAAUGUUUGCGUACGCGUACUCGUUUGAUCACACUGUUUAUAGCUGGUCUGGAAUAGCGGUAGCUUCUGAACAGAAGGGUAUACUUAGAGGCGCCUCAAAGUUUCAGGACAAAUUCAUUUGCGCGAGCGAUGAAGAUGGCCCUCUGGAUUCUUGCCACGAACCACAUGUUUUGACCUCUGACGCAACGUUCCACGAAGCGGUCAGCGCUUGUCUUCAAGAAGCGCCCGUGGAUGGUUUGUGCCACACCUUUGGGACGGUGACCAAGAAAUUUGGCGUAAUGCCAGAAUGGGAUACUAGUCUCGUUGAAAAUAUGGAGGCGGCGUUCAAAAAUAAAACGCUCUUUAACGGUGACAUUUCGAGAUGGGAUUUAUCGAGCGUGACCUCCAUCCGUGAUAUGUUCCAUUCUGCCUCUUCUUUCAAUCAAGACAUCAGCGGUUGGGAUGUUUCUCAAGUCACGAGCAUGAGUGGAGUAUUUUACGGAGCGUCUGCAUUCGAUAAAGAUAUCUCAAGCUGGAAUGAUUCUUCUGUCGUAACAAGUGCAGGAACAUUUACUGGAGCGGAAGCAUUUCUGGCUAAAUUUACGUGUGGUAUUGGUGGGGGAAUCAACGAAGAAGUCGAAGUAAGUGCACGCCCAGUAAGUUCCUGCGUCUGCAAGCAUGGGGAAUGUUAUCUCACGGAUGGAUCUUAUUAUCGUGCUGUCGUUCAUUGUCUUCUCGAAGACCCAUUUGGUGGUGUGUGUACAUCGUGGGGUACAAAAACAACAAAUUAUGGAAUUAUGAUGGAAUGGAAAACCGGUCGCGUCACGGAUAUGGCUGGAUUAGUUAAUGGAAAAUACGCGGGAUUCGCAUUGAAGAGUACUUUCAAUGGGAAUAUUUCGAAAUGGGACACAUCGCACGUUACGAAUUUCAGACACAUGUUCUUUUCAGCGGCGAAAUUUAACCAAGAUAUUAGUGAAUGGAACAUAUCAAGCUCGAGCGACAUGACAUCGAUGUUCGAAGGAGCUUCAAUGUUUAAUAUUGAUAUCUCGAGUUGGGACGCUUCGAGCGCUACGAAAACGCAGAACAUGUUUCGCAACGCUAAUUCUUUCCAAGACAAAUACACCUGUGAUGACCCGGAUUCCGGACCGAGUAGCACCUGCGAACAAUCUCUCCUUUCAGAUUUAACUUUUAGUGAUGCAAUUCAGAACUGUCUGUCAGAAAGUCCUGUAUUUGGUGAGUGCCGAAUGUACGGUCGCGCUUCGAAGUACGGCACGAUGCCGAAUUGGAACACAACUCUUGUGACAAACAUGGGAGGAUAUAUGUCUAGUGACUCUCACGUAAACAAGCGAUUUAGUCAGAAUGGAAUAUUCAACGGUGAUAUUUCGAGAUGGGAUACCUCACAUGUUACAGAUAUGUCCACCAUGUUUGGAAAUUGCACGGCGUUCAAUCAAAACAUCAGCGGCUGGGAUGUUUCGCUCGUUACUGACCUAUCCAGUAUGUUUUCCGGAGCGGAUUCUUUUAACCAAGACAUCGGGAACUGGAUCACAUCCCAAGUAACAGAAUUAAGCUUCAUGUUUCAUUCUGCGAAAUCGUUCGACCAAACCAUGAGCGCUUUCGACACUUCUCGCUCUGUCAACAUGGAAUUUAUGUUUGCCGGAGCCUCUUCAUUCAAUCACGAAAUUGGUUUUUGGAACACGUCUCAAGUUACAAACAUGCGGGGCAUGUUUCAAGAAGCUUUGUCAUUCAAUAAGGACAUUGGACUUUGGAACACGUCAGGUGUCACAAAUAUGGAAGUCAUGUUUAAAAAAGCGCAUUCGUUUAAUCAAAAUAUAUCCGCUUGGGACGAUUCAGCUUUAACAAAUUCAGCUGGAAUGUUUGACGGAGCCACAGGGUUCCGAGCGAAAUUUGUUUGUACCGAUGCUUUGAGAGGACCUCCGAGUUCGUGUACAGGCCUUAAUACAAGAUGGAUUGCUCCGAGUCCACCUCCAUUAGCGCAGAUAAGAUCAUCUAAGUCUGAUAAUUUGCCUCUCACUGAUUCUAAUUUGCGAGAUGCGAUUCGGAUGUGCUUGACGAUGCAGGAGUAUGCCUAUGCCGAGAAUGGCCUCUGCGCGGCCUCUAUGUACGGAGCGAUGCCAGAAUGGGAUAUCAGCAGUGUCACAAGUUUAAGGGAAGCAUUUUCAGGCUUGCAUACUUUUAACGCAGAUAUAUCCAGUUGGGAUACGUCACAAGUAACGGACAUGUACGGUACAUUUUCUCAAGCUCACUCGUUUAAUGCAAAAAUCGGCCGAUGGAAUACUUCCAGAGUUGAAAAUAUGCGCCGCACAUUCUUGGAAGCUUGGUCGUUUGAUCAAGACAUCAGCUCCUGGAACACUUUUCACGUUAGUGACAUGGGUUACAUGUUCUAUCGUGCUCAUAAAUUUAGUCACGAUGUUUCAAUUUGGACUGGAAGUGCAGCAAGUAUAACUCAGGAAAGAAUGUUCUUCUACGCGGAUUCGUUCCAGGGAAAAUUCACCUGUGACGACAGCAAUGGAGGCCCAGCGAAAUCGUGCAAAUGUAAUGCCAAUUAUUGCAUGACUGACGUCAUUUUCCAUCAAGCUAUCGCGCUAUGUCUGAACGAAGCUCCAUUGGAUGGUAAUUGUGCGGAGUACGGACUAAAUUCGACGAAAUAUGGUUAUAUGCCAGACUGGGAUGUUUCUCGCGUCACAAACAUUUCACGCGCUUUCCAGCAUAGGUACACUUUCAACGCAGACAUCUCCAGGUGGAAUUUGAGUGCAGUCACUGACAUAUCUUGGCUAUUUAAUGAUGCGCGUGCAUUCAACCAAGACAUUUCCGGCUGGGACGUUUCUCGAGUGCAACACAUGCAGCAUGCGUUUGAGAUGGCGUCUGCAUUCAAUUUUGACAUUUCUGAGUGGAACGAUUCUUCAGCGACUGAUUACACAGACGUCUUCUUAAAUGCGGUUGCUUUUCAAGCGCGCUUUGAUUGCACUGACUCUGUCGAUGGGCCACCAAGCUCGUGUGUACUGAGAUUCUCGUGGUGCAACAUCGCUCCGUGUUAUUUGACAGAUGAUACAUUUAUUAAUGCUGUCUCGAGUUGUCUCGCAGAAGCUCCCAUCGAUGGUAAAUGCAUUACAUGGGGUUGGGGCCUCACGAAAUAUGGUUAUAUGCCAGACUGGGAUGUUUCUCGCGUCACAAACAUUUCACGCGCUUUCCAGCAUAGGUACACUUUCAACGCAGACAUCUCCAGGUGGAAUUUGAGUGCAGUCACUGACAUAUCUUGGCUAUUUAAUGAUGCGCGUGCAUUCAACCAAGACAUUUCCGGCUGGGACGUUUCUCGAGUGCAACACAUGCAGCAUGCGUUUGAGAUGGCGUCUGCAUUCAAUUUUGACAUUUCUGAGUGGAACGAUUCUUCAGCGACUGAUUACACAGACGUCUUCUUAAAUGCGGUUGCUUUUCAAGCGCGCUUUGAUUGCACUGACUCUGUCGAUGGGCCACCAAGCUCGUGCACGUGCAAUAAUUCGUUUUGCCUAUACAAUGCAAACUUUCGUAGCGCCAUUAUAGAAUGCUUGAACGAAGAUCCAAUCUACGGAAACUGCACAGCGUACGGUUCCGAGAUUAAGAAGUUCGGCAUCAUGUCUGACUGGGACGUAAGUAAAAUAACAAACAUGGACGGGAUUACUGGAGAGGAGGGAGCUCUCAUUGGAUUUGGUGGCAAAGCUACUUUUAACGCGAACAUUUCAAAUUGGGAUGUUUCUCAGGUAACGUCCAUGAGAGGUAUGUUUUAUCAAGCUUCUGCUUUCAAUGCGGAUAUCAGCUCGUGGAAGACUACACUCGUAACUACGAUGGAGUCUAUGUUUUUCUCCGCGGCUACUUUUAACCAAAACGUUGGAAAUUGGGACGUAUCUCAAGUUUUGACAAUGCGCGAUAUGUUUUCUAAUGCUAGCUCGUUCAAUCAGGACAUUGGGGAUUGGAAUACGACCGCAGUGACAGACAUGACGAGAAUGCUUUCAUCAGCAUCUGUCUUUGGCUAUGAUUUAUCUCACUGGUUGGGAACUGCGGCUUCAACAGCGCAGGAAGAUAUUAUCCUUCAAGCGACAGCAUUCAACACAAAAUACACGUGUGACGAUGCAAAUAGAGGACCUUUUAAUUCAUGUGUGUAUGAUCAGCUCCCUCUGACAGAUACAACAUUUCAAAAUGCUCUUUCUCUUUGUCUUACAGAAUCUCCGGUUACUGGUGACUGCGUGGAAUUUGGUUCAUCAUCAAACUAUGGAGCCAUGCCGUAUUGGAAUACUUCCUCUGUCACGAAGAUGAUUGGCUACGAUGGUUCGAAUAGCAUCGGAUUUAAGGGUAGGAAAGCGUUCAAUGGCGAUAUUACGGCAUGGGACACGUCCAGUGUUACUGAUAUGAGUUAUCUGUUCGAGUACGCUUCUUCAUUCAAUCAGGACAUAAGCAGCUGGGAUACUUCAAGCUUGCGAGAUAUAGACUCGAUUUUCCGGCACGCUUCUGCGUUCAACCAGAACAUCGGAUCGUGGAACACAUCGCAGGUCACUGAUAUGAAGAAUGCAUUCAGUCACGCUGCUGCAUUUAACGGCAACGUGAACCUAUGGGUCUCUGCGGAGGUAAUUAGUAUACGCGGAAUUUUUCGCGGAGCUGAGUCAUUCAAUCAAGAUCUUUCGUCAUGGAUGAUCACGCAGGCAGUCGAUGCGAGCUAUGCAUUUUACGGAGCUAGCUCGUUCAAGUACUCACUAUCUUCUUGGUCUGGUAACGUAGCGACUUUACCCCAGAAAGACAUGUUUAGAGAUGCCAUCGCAUUUCAAGCGCUUUUUGUUUGCACGAGUAGCUACGAUGGCCCAGCUGCUUCAUGUGCGAGUCGCGAUUCUGUAUUAUCAGAUGCAUCCUUUCACGAUGCCGUCAAGCAUUGCCUUUCGGAGGACCCGGUUCACGGAUUGUGCGUGAAUUACGGUUUUGUGACGACUCAUUUUGGGCUCAUGCCUGAUUGGGACGUCAGCCGCGUCACGCGAAUGUCUGGUUUGAGUGGUACGAAUUCAAUUUCUUACGGGUUCCGCGGUGCGACUAUUUUCAAUGGCGAUAUUUCGAAAUGGGAUACAUCACAUGUCACGGAUAUGAGUUUCAUGUUUGAAAACGCUCUUGCUUUCAAUUCAGACAUAAGCGGUUGGGUAGUGAGCCGGGUGACUGAUAUGCGAGGGAUGUUCAAAAAUGCAGCUUCGUUCAACCAGUACAUUGGUGAAUGGCAAACGCAUCAGGUGACAACCAUGAAUGCGAUGCUGAGUGGUGCUUCGGCUUUUUCGCACGAUUUAUCGUCCAUGAGUACUUUGAAUGUUUAUGAUUUUCAAGACAUGCGUGUAGGGGCUUUGGCGUUUCAUGAAAAAUUUUUAUGUCCCGACGAGACAUCUGGAUCGUUGAGCUCGUGCGUUUGCCGCUCGUCACAUUGCCUAUCGGACGAAACGUUCUCAGAAGCCUUGGAAGAGUGUCUCAAAGAAUCUACCGUGGAUGGUUUGUGCACUGAGUACGGCCUCGUGAAGACAAAAUAUGGCGUCAUGUCAGACUGGGACGUUAGUAACGUGACAAAUAUGGGCUCAAUACAACAAACUGAUCCAUUGGUGUUUGACUACACCACUUCAAGUUGUUCCUCUGACGGAUGGCUUAAUAAUGGGAACACCGUUUCGUGCACGCAAUGCGGCAGCUACGGAUAUGUUCUCGGAGGAUACGGCCAGCUUGGUAACGGCGCAGAAUUGCGAAAGACGUUUUCUGACUUGCCAGAGCACUCUGAGUUGAGUUUGAACGUGAACUUGGUGAAAAUCGAUUCUUGGGACGGUGAAAAGUUUUACGUAUAUAUCGACGAUGCGCUCGUCUACACUUCGCGUCCAUUCUAUCAUAAUCAGGGCUCAAACGUAUGUGGCGGGGGAUCGGGUGAAGAGCAACUCAACGUCCAGAUCAAUGUAACGCAUUCGUUAAGCACGGCAACUGUGCGACUGACGACGAAUUUAAAUGAGGGUUCAACGAAUGAGGCUUUUGGUCUGAGUUCUUUCACGCUUGGAUUCAUCCUCGAUGGCAGUGUGGUGAAUAGCGUUUUAUCCAAGUUUCCAGAGUUCAAUGCGGAUAUUACGAGAUGGAAUACCAUCCACGUCACCUCCAUGACGCGCUUGUUCUUUGGCGCGUCAAGUUUCGAUCGGGACUUGACCGCAUGGAAAGGUCCGGCAACCUACAAAGUUCAAAAAGAUAUCUUUCUGAACGCCACCUCGUUUCAAUCAAAGUUUGCGUGCUCUGAUAAAGAUUCGGGUCCUCUGCGCACUUGCUCGUGUAAGUCUGACGUGUGCAUUACCAGCGCAACUUUUGAGCUUGCGUUUGAGAGAUGCUUGGCGGAGGAUCCAUUCUUUGGGCUUUGCUCUGUUUACGGCUUGACGACUACUAAGUAUGGCCUCAUGCCGCAGUGGGAUACGAGUCGCGUGAUUGAUAUGAGUCGAUCGCGUGCCACUGCCUUUCCCAUCUUUAAUGGAGACGUAUCCAACUGGGAUACAUCGCACGUGACCAGCAUGUCGAAUUUGUUCUCAUCUUGUUCGUCUUUUAAUCGGGACAUAUCGAAAUGGGAUACGUCUCGGGUUAUAGACAUGUCUGGCAUGUUUCAAGACGCUACGGCUUUUAAUCAGGAUAUUUCAAAAUGGUAUGUCGGGAGCGUUCAAAACACGACGUACAUGUUCCGCAAUGCUGAAAUAUUUCAACGCGAUCUUACAAUGUGGAAGGGGGAAUUUUCCUACGUUUUGCAAGAAGAAAUGUUUAAAGGUGCUCGAAAGUUUCUGGAGCGAUUUUCCUGCUUGGACGCGAAUGAUGGACCUCUGAAUACGUGCAAGUGCAAUUCUGAUAUUUGCUUGUCAGAUGCAUCCUUUCACGAUGCCGUCAAGCAUUGCCUUUCGGAGGACCCGGUUCACGGAUUGUGCGUGAAUUACGGUUUUGUGACGACUCAUUUUGGGCUCAUGCCUGAUUGGGACGUCAGCCGCGUCACGCGAAUGUCUGGUUUGAGUGGUACGAAUUCAAUUUCUUACGGGUUCCGCGGUGCGACUAUUUUCAAUGGCGAUAUUUCGAAAUGGGAUACAUCACAUGUCACGGAUAUGAGUUUCAUGUUUGAAAACGCUCUUGCUUUCAAUUCAGACAUAAGCGGUUGGGUAGUGAGCCGGGUGACUGAUAUGCGAGGGAUGUUCAAAAAUGCAGCUUCGUUCAACCAGUACAUUGGUGAAUGGCAAACGCAUCAGGUGACAACCAUGAAUGCGAUGCUGAGUGGUGCUUCGGCUUUUUCGCACGAUUUAUCGUCCAUGAGUACUUUGAAUGUUUAUGAUUUUCAAGACAUGCGUGUAGGGGCUUUGGCGUUUCAUGAAAAAUUUUUAUGUCCCGACGAGACAUCUGGAUCGUUGAGCUCGUGCGUUUGCCGCUCGUCACAUUGCCUAUCGGACGAAACGUUCUCAGAAGCCUUGGAAGAGUGUCUCAAAGAAUCUACCGUGGAUGGUUUGUGCACUGAGUACGGCCUCGUGAAGACAAAAUAUGGCGUCAUGUCAGACUGGGACGUUAGUAACGUGACAAAUAUGGGCUCAAUACAAACUGAUCCAUUGGUGUUUGACUACACCACUUCAAGUUGUUCCUCUGACGGAUGGCUUAAUAAUGGGAACACCGUUUCGUGCACGCAAUGCGGCAGCUACGGAUAUGUUCUCGGAGGAUACGGCCAGCUUGGUAACGGCGCAGAAUUGCGAAAGACGUUUUCUGACUUGCCAGAGCACUCUGAGUUGAGUUUGAACGUGAACUUGGUGAAAAUCGAUUCUUGGGACGGUGAAAAGUUUUACGUAUAUAUCGACGAUGCGCUCGUCUACACUUCGCGUCCAUUCUAUCAUAAUCAGGGCUCAAACGUAUGUGGCGGGGGAUCGGGUGAAGAGCAACUCAACGUCCAGAUCAAUGUAACGCAUUCGUUAAGCACGGCAACUGUGCGACUGACGACGAAUUUAAAUCAGGGUUCAACGGAUGAGGCUUUUGGUCUGAGUUCUUUCACGCUUGGAUUCAUCCUCGAUGGCAGUGUGGUGAAUAGCGUUUUAUCCAAGUUUCCAGAGUUCAAUGCGGAUAUUACGAGAUGGAAUACCAUCCACGUCACCUCCAUGACGCGCUUGUUCUUUGGCGCGUCAAGUUUCGAUCGGGACUUGACCGCAUGGAAAGGUCCGGCAACCUACAAAGUUCAAAAAGAUAUCUUUCGGAACGCCACCUCGUUUCAAUCAAAGUUUGCGUGCUCUGAUAAAGAUUCGGGUCCUCUGCGCACUUGCUCGUGUAAGUCUGACGUGUGCAUUACCAGCGCAACUUUUGAGCUUGCGUUUGAGAGAUGCUUGGCGGAGGAUCCAUUCUUUGGGCUUUGCUCUGUUUACGGCUUGACGACUACUAAGUAUGGCCUCAUGCCGCAAUGGGAUACUAGUCGCGUGAUUGAUAUGAGUCGAUCGCGUGCCACUGCCUUUCCCAUCUUUAAUGGAGACGUAUCCAACUGGGAUACAUCACACGUGACCAGCAUGUCGAAUUUGUUCUCAUCUUGUUCGUCUUUUAAUCGGGACAUAUCGAAAUGGGAUACGUCUCGGGUUAUAGACAUGUCUGGCAUAUUUCAAGACGCUACGGCUUUUAAUCAGGAUAUUUCAAAAUGGACUGGAUAUGCCGCCUCUCACGCGCAGCAAGGCAUGCUUCUCGGAGCUGAUGCAUUCCAAAGUAAAUUUAUAUGCCUUCAGGCAAAUGAGGGACCUGCUGGAUCUUGUGACGAGAUUCGUUCAGAUUGGACUUCCCCUCCUCCAAUCGCUCCUUUCCCUCCGAAUUCAUCACCGUUCCAGCAACCAUUUCCACCGCUAUCGCCACAAUCGCCACCAUUUCCACCAUCGCCACCACUUCCAUCACCACCACCGUUUCCUGCGCCACCACCGCCGCUGCCAUCUUCGCCACCGAUACCACCACCCUCUCCGCCUUUGCCACCGUUACCUCCUCCUCCUCCCCCCUCGCCUCCUUCGCCUCCACCGGCUGUGCGCGGAUCUCAAAACGCUCCGUAUUCGAGUAUUUCUCAAGUCGAUGUGGACGAUGUUUCCGACGGUCUUUACUGGUUUGUCAAUAGUGAACGUCAAAUCCAACAGCUCUACGUUCAUAACUUCGGAGCGUUUGCGUCCCCGAAUCGGUACGUCUUGAUCGCUUCGAACAACGCGAAAGAGUCUGUUAUUCCAACCGGUACGGAGAAGAACAGUUUCAACUACCGAGUCGAUAGAAAUGGCGUUUUUGGCGCACUCGGUACCCCGGAUCCUGAGAAAGAUUACAUCGCCGGCGAUUUUAUAUCUGGUAUUGAUAUAGAUCGCAUUAAAGUAUUCGGUUGGGGCUGGAACUCUUUAGACGGAUCAACUUCGUUCUCCGGUGCGACGCAAGGUACGACGCUGGAAGUGACGUGGAAUGCGUCUUCUUUGACGACGGUUGUUCCUCGGUCGGAAGUUGAUGUCAUCGGCGAUUUACACGGCAACGCUUUGUACUUUCACGGCGAUGGCGUCGCUUUGGAUGCGAGCUUAGAUUCGAAUGCCCAACAAUCCACCAUUGGAGGUGUCGGUGCCACUCAAGCUACCGGUGACGUUUCGAAUGGAAAUUAUAUGGGACACGGUAGCGACGAAAUCUCCGCUUCAUGUGAAGGUUGGUACGACUCUUCUGGUUCAGCGAUGAAUUCUCAAGGGUACACGACGUGGGUACGGUUUGCGGCGUUCCCUUCGCCGCCUCCUUCACUGCUGCCGCCGCCGCCGCCGCCGCCGCCAUUUUUGUUCUUAACGAAGAUGGUGGAAGACACGAAUGUCAAAUUGUACGCGAGUGACGCAGCUUCGAGCGAUAAUUUUGGCAUUUCUGUAUCCCUGUACGGUAAUACGGCUUUGAUUGGUGCGAGCGGUGACGACGAUAAAGGAAGCGAUUCCGGGAAGGUCUACGUGUUCACCCGAGCAUACUCCGCGGACGGCACGUUGAUGACUUGGACGGAACAGGCAAAACUUUACGCGAACGAUCCAGCUUCGAGCGAUAAUUUUGGCAUUUCUGUAUCCCUGUACGGUAAUACGGCUUUGAUUGGUGCGAGCGGUGACGACGAUAAAGGAAGCGGUUCCGGGAAGGUCUACGUGUUUACCCGAGCAUACUCCGCGGACGGCACGUUGGUGACUUGGACGGAACAGGCAAAACUUUACGCGAACGAUCCAGCUUCGAGCGAUAAUUUUGGCGUAUCCGUAUCCUUAUACGAUGAUACCGCUUUGAUUGGAGCUUUCCUCGAUGACGACAAGGGAACUGAUGCUGGCUCUGUGUAUGUCUUUACUCGCUCUCCUUUUACAUCCCCGAGCGCAACAUCAGUUUUAUGGAACGAACAGACGAAACUCUAUGCAAAUGAACCAUCCGAUUCAAGUUGGUUCGGUCGCUCAGUUUCACUGUAUGGAAAUACGGCAUUGAUUGGAUCUCCCAAGUAUGUAGAUACGAGUACCACGAGGAAGGCGCUGACAAGUAUCGGCGCUACCGUAAUAAACCUCAACUUAUGUGAAGGUGAUUGUGAUAGCGAUAGCGAUUGUAGUUUUGGGCUCAAGUGCUUCCAAAGAUCUGGAUACACGCCCGUUCCAGGAUGCUCAGGAACUGGCGUGUUCGAUUGGGAUUAUUGCUACAAACCUGAAAUUGGUACCGUGCACGUCUUUACCAGGUCUUCUUCUCCUUCCUCGGAAGAUGAGUCAAUUAUUACGACAUGGGUCGAAGAAACGAAACUGGUUGCAUCGGAUGCGUCCAUGCAGAGUGAAUUUGGUGCGUCGGUUGCGUUAUAUGGUAAUACAGCUCUCAUAGGAUCGCCCAAAAGUGAUGAAUUUGUCGAGGAAGGGGGAAUCUUGGUCCCGAAGACGCUCGUAAGUCAUGGAUGGGAUGGACUUGGAACGGGCAGUCUGGGAGAGUGUGAAGGCGAUUGCGAUACAGAUACCGAUUGCGCCACCGGGCUUGUUUGUUUUCAAAGGAGUGCGAAUGAGGCGGUUCCGGGUUGCUUAGGUAGCGGUGAGAACAACAUGGACUUCUGCGUUAAAAGCUCUUCACUUGACUACGGAUCCUUCUAUAUUUUUACUCGGCCAUCAUCUUUCAAUGAAUCGUCGUCUUUGGAAACGCAGUGGUCUGAAGAAGCGAAGAUUUACGCAUCGGACCAGGUAGCGUACGACAUGUUUGGAUCUGCGCUAACAUUAUACGGUGAUACAGCUUUGAUUGGAGCGAGCGGCAAAGAUAAUCGCGGCAAAGUGUAUGUAUUUGAAGCGCCUCCACCUGCACCUCCGUCUCCUCCACCGCCUUUGCCUCCCCCACCUUUAUUCUUGUCGAGUAUGCUAGAAGAUACAAAUAUAAAAUUGUAUGCGAAAGAUGGGGAAAAUUCCGAUUGGUUCGGUCGUUCCGUAUCUUUACACGGCGAUACGGCAUUCAUCGGUGCAGACGGGAACGACGAGAAAGAAACUCUCGCAGGCGCAGUGUACGUAUUCACGAAGAAAUCAAAUACAUGGAGCGAACAAGUAAAACUACAUGCAAACGAUUCUUCGUUCGGAGAUUAUUUCGGUUAUUCUGUUUCAUUAGAUGGCAAUACUGCGUUGAUUGGAGCGCCAGGGAAGGAUGACGCCGCAUCUGAUGCGGGUGCGGUCUAUGUGUUUAGUAGGUCCUCCUCUUCUGUGGGAUCUCUUAGUACGACGGUUUGGACGCAGCAAGCAAAACUUCACGCUUCUGAUCCUGAAGCAAGUAACAUGUUUGGGUCUUCUGUAUCUCUAUACGGUGACACAGUCUUGAUCGGAGCGAGUGGUAACGAUAAUAACGGAAUAACGGAUGCUGGGACGGUGUAUGUAUUUGCGCAAUCUUUAUCUUCUUCCGAUGGAAUCUCAAAAAUUUGGACUGAAAAAACAAAAUUGUAUGCAUCGGAUGCAUCCGUUUCAGAUAAAUUCGGUACAUCGGUGUCCUUAUUUGGCGAUACAGCUCUGAUUGGGGCGCAUUUAGACGACGAUAAAGGGAGCAACACUGGCAAAGUCUACGUUUUUACCCGUUCUCGAGUGACGACACUGUGGACCGAACAAACUAAAUUGCAUGCCUCGGAUGCAUCUAGCAGUGAUUUUUUUGGUGCGUCAGUAUCUUUGUUUGGAGACACAGCGCUGAUUGGAUCGUACGAAAAUGACGACAAAGCUGAGAACGCCGGUAAAGUGUACGUGUUUACGCGAUCUGUAACUAGUGAGAGUGAUGGCAUUAGAACAACAACGUGGACGGAGCAAACGCAGCUGUAUGCGUCUGAUUUAGCCUCUUCGGAUAAGUUUGGAAUUUCUGUGUCGCUAUACGGUGACACGGCUCUGAUCGGAGCUCAUCUAGACGACGAUAACGGAAUUAACACGGGCAAAGUGUACGUGUUCAAGAAACCUCCCCAAUCUCCGCCGCCGAUGCCGCCGCCGUAUUCCCCACCCUUAUUCUUGCGAAGAAUGCUCGAGGAUACGGGUGUGAAAAUUUACGCGAAUGAUGCAGCCUCGAGCGAUUAUUUUGGCACUUCUGUAUCCCUGUACGGUGAUACAGCUUUGAUUAGUGCGCAUGGAGGCGACGAUAAAGGGAGCAACACUGGCAAAGUCUACGUUUUUACCCGUUCUCGAGUGCACGAGUGGCCUCCGCCUUCGUUUACUUCUCCAAUUUUUUCAUCCUCGACCAUGAGUGGCGUCAUGAGCACAAACAGUGGAAGAUCUCAAACCUGGACUGUGGUAGGGGCAGACUAUGGCAAUGGCGAAUAUACCGCAUCUUUCAAUGGAGGUAUACUUCAUGACAUUGCUUAUCAUGGCCCGGCUCGAAUGUUUGAUAAAGUCAAUGAUGGAUAUGCGUUUCAUACUUCGCUUGGCGUUACUACUGGGACUGUCACUUUAACGAUGCCUAAAAGUAUUCUCAUCACCUCGUAUGAAUUGAGACACAGGCCAAAUUAUAACACGAAUGAGAAUUAUGCACCGAGAGAUUGGACACUCGAAGGUUCAAACGAUGGCACCACGUGGACUCUUCUAGAUACACGAGUGAAUCAAGUGUACAACCCGGACGUGCAGGGCGACGAAGAAUCUAAACGCUCGUACGCAGUUACAGAAAACGUGGUUAAAUACAACCAGUAUAAACUUCGAAUAACCGCUAAUGAUGGCGGUACUUACUUAGUAAUGGGGCAGUUUAAAUUAUUCGAAUCGACUUCUUCAGCUGCGAACGUUGGCACGACGCUGUGGACCGAAGAGACGAAACUAUAUGCAUCUGGGUCGUCCCCUGACGAUUAUUUUGGUCGUUCGGUAUCGUUAAACGGUAACACGGCUUUAAUUGGAAAUUACAAUGCGGAAUAUAUUGGAAUCUCGAAUUCAGGUGCAGUGCACGUAUUUACGCGAGAAUUUCAGUCUUCGUUGGCUAUCAAAGCGACGUGGAUCGAGCAAACGAAACUUUUCGCGUUCGAUCCAGCUGCUUCUGAUGAGUUUGGUACACACGUAUCCUUAUGUGGUGACAUUGCUUUAAUUUCAGCUCAUUUAAAAGACGACAACGGUGUUAAUUCUGGAGCUGUCUACGUGUUCGAGCGGUCAUACUCUUCUUCACCUUCUGCUUCUGCUUCUUCUGGGGUAGUAUGGACGGAACAGACGAAACUUUACGCGAACGAUCCAGCCUCGAACGAUUGGUUUGGCGCUUCACUUUCCUUGUACGACGACACCGCUUUGAUUGGUGCGCACGGUGACGACGAUAAAGGAAGCGAUUCCGGGAAGGUCUACGUGUUCACCCGAGCAUACUCCGCGGACGGCACGUUGAUGACUUGGACGGAACAGGCAAAACUUUACGCGAACGAUCCAGCUUCGAGCGAUAAUUUUGGCAUUUCUGUAUCCCUGUACGGUAAUACGGCUUUGAUUGGUGCGAGCGGUGACGACGAUAAAGGAAGCGGUUCCGGGAAGGUCUACGUGUUCACCCGAGCAUACUCCGCGGACGGCACGUUGGUGACUUGGACGGAACAGGCAAAACUUUACGCGAACGAUCCAGCUUCGAGCGAUAAUUUUGGCAUUUCUGUAUCCCUGUACGGUAAUACGGCUUUGAUUGGUGCGAGCGGUGACGACGAUAAAGGAAGCGAUUCCGGGAAGGUUUACAUGUUCUUUGCACCUUUUACUCCAAUACCUGAUGAAAGUUGGCACGCCUUUGUUGAAGAGUGUUUGGCAGAAGCACCUGAGACCGGACAUUGUACGACAUGGGCGUCUACGAAUAACUACGGGACGAUGUCAGAUUGGAAUACGAGUUUGGUGGAAGAUAUGAGUGGAUGGACUGGAAGUGCUUCUCAAGGCUUUGGUGGUAAAAGUACAUUCAACGGCGAUAUUUCGAAGUGGGACACAGGGAAAGUGACUAAGAUGUCAUGGAUGUUUUGGCAAGCUACUUCCUUCAACCAAGACAUUGGGGAUUGGAACACGGCGGAAGUGACUCGUAUGAAUUCUAUGUUUUCUUACGCUUCUGCGUUCAACCAAGACAUUGGGAGGUGGAAUACAGCGCAAGUGACUGAUAUGGGAGCUAUGUUUUAUUACGCUUCUGCGUUCAACCAAGACAUUUCCUCGUGGACUGGAUCCGCAGCGACGACGGCGCAAACGAGUAUGUUUUCCAACGCAACUGCGUUUCAAGCGAAAUUUAAGUGCACCGACGCCGUCACUGGUCCCGCGAGUUCGUGCGUUGGUCUCUCGCCAAUUCCAGACGCGAGCUGGCAUACUUUUGUCGGGGAGUGUUUGGAUGAAUCUGCAGCGAUUGGAGAAGACGCGAUUGGAGAGACUGGAGAAUGUAUAGUCUGGGCUCGAUCACAAAACGUUUGGUACGGGACGAUGCCAAAUUGGAACGUGAGUUUGGUGACGGAUAUGAGUGGAUAUACUGGAAGUGCUUAUCAAGGUUUUAGCUGGAAUUCUGCGUUUAACGGCGACAUUUCGAACUGGGACACAUCUCAAGUGACAAAUAUGUACGCUAUGUUUUGGCAAGCUACUUCCUUCAACAGACCUAUAGGGGGUUGGGACACAUCUAAAGUGACGAAUAUGAAUUCUGUAUUUAGUAGUGCCAAUGCAUUCAACCAAGACAUUGGGAGUUGGGACACAUCACAAGUGACUGAUAUGGGACAUAUGUUUUCUUCCGCUUCUGCGUUCAACCACGACAUUUCCUCGUGGACCGGAUCCGCAGCGACGACGGCGCAAACUGGCAUGUUUUACGACGCAACUGCGUUUCAAGCGAAAUUUACGUGCACCGACGCCGUCACCGGUCCAGCGAGAUCGUGUGUAUUGAAGCAAAGCUACUGGUCCGCGUCCUAUUGUCCGCUAGGUUCAUGGGUGUAUAAUAACGACUACACGACGCACGAAACGAAUCCUGGUUCCGUAGGUACACCGGAGGCGUGCAUCGAGUUGGUUCGCACGGAGUGUCCGACCGCCAAAAUCGCCAACAUGGGUUCAGAGGGUGAAUGUUGGUGUCAGUAUCACGACGGUUCGGUCACGGAAAUCGUAGCCACCGAUGAAAACAACUGGAUGGCUUGUCUUUUGACUUCUUCUCCCGAUCCAAUUCCAGAUGCGAGUUGGCAUACGUUUGUGGACAAGUGUUUAGAAGAAGCUCCGGUUACUGGGGCACCGAAAACCGGCGAGUGCACUGCUUGGGCAUCUGGUAAUAAUUACGGCACGAUGCCGAAUUGGAAUACGAGUUCGGUGGAAGAUAUGAGUGGAUGGACUGGAAGUGCUUCUCAAGGCUUUGGUGGUAAAAGUACAUUCAACGGCGAUAUUUCGAAGUGGGACACAGGGAAAGUGACUAAGAUGUCAUGGAUGUUUUGGCAAGCUUCUGCGUUCAACCAAGACAUUGGGAAUUGGAACACAGAAAAAGUGACUGAUAUGUAUGCUAUGUUUUCUUCCGCUUCUGCGUUCAACCAAGACAUUGGGGAUUGGAAUAUAGAAAAAGUGACUACUAUGAGAGCUAUGUUUGCUCGCGCUUCUGCGUUCAACCAAGACAUUGGGAGUUGGAACACAGCGGAAGUGACUAAUAUGAGAGAUAUGUUUUAUUACGCUUCUGCGUUCAACCACGACAUUGGGGAGUGGAACACAGAAAAAGUGACUGAUAUGAUAGGUAUGUUUAAUUCCGCUUCUGUGUUCAACCACGACAUUUCCUCGUGGACCGGAUCCGCAGCGACAACAGCGCAACCGUGGAUGUUUUCCGGUGCAACUGCGUUUCAAGCGAAAUUUACCUGCACCGACGCCGUCACCGGUCCGGCGAGAUCGUGUGUAUUGAAGCAAAGCUACUGGUCCGCGUCCUAUUGUCCGCUAGGUUCAUGGGUGUAUAAUAACGACUACACGACGCACGAAACGAAUCCUGGUUCCGUAGGUACACCGGAGGCGUGCAUCGAGUUGGUUCGCACGGAGUGUCCGACCGCCAAAAUCGCCAACAUGGGUUCAGAGGGUGAAUGUUGGUGUCAGUAUCACGACGGUUCAGUCACGGAAAUCGUAGCCACCGAUGAAAACAACUGGAUGGCUUGUCUUUUGACUUCUUCUCCCGAUCCAAUUCCAGAUGCGAGUUGGCAUACGUUUGUGUACAAGUGUUUAGAAGAAGCACCGAAAACCGGCGAGUGCACUGCUUGGGCAUCUGGUAAUAAUUACGGCACGAUGCCGAAUUGGGAUACGAGUUUGGUGGAAGAUAUGAGUGGAUGGACUGGAAGUGUUUUUCAAGGCUUUGGCGAUAAAAGUACAUUCAACGGCGACAUAUCGAAGUGGAACACAGAGAAAGUGACUACUAUGUAUGAUAUGUUUUAUCAAGCUUCUGCGUUCAACCAAGACAUUGAGAGUUGGAACACAGCGCGAGUGACUAAUAUGCAAGCUAUGUUUGUUCGCGCUUCUGCGUUCAACCAAGACAUUGGGGAGUGGAACACGGCGCAAGUGACUGAUAUGAGAGAUAUGUUUUAUUACGCUUCUGGGUUCAACCAAGACAUUGGAAGUUGGACCACAGAGCAAGUGACUGAUAUGGGAUAUAUGUUUUAUUUCGCUUCUGCGUUCAACCACGACAUUUCCUCGUGGACUGGAACCGCAGCGACGUCAGCGCAAACGAAUAUGUUUUCCGGCGCAACUGCGUUUCAAGCGAAAUUCUCGUGCGACGACGCCAUCAUCGGACCAGCGAGUUCGUGUGCGAUUCCAAUCUACGAUCAAUAUUAUAUCCUUGCUGAAAAUACGUGCGAGUCGGAAGGUUACGUGACUAUCCUAAAUCUGAACCAGUGCCGCAUCGCCGGACGCGCAUUGUCCGGCGACGCUUCGAAAGGGUUUCGCUUUGAUCAGCCUGCUGACGGAUACGGUGAUACCGACAGCGGCCGCACUGGUGGCUGCACUUUCCACAGUGGCAACGUGAACAACAAUCUUCAGUUCUUUCCAUUUGCUACUGGACCGUGUGGGACAGCAACUUUUCAUUGCGUGUGCGGAGCGUUCGCACCAAUUCCUGACGCGAGUUGGCAUACGUUUGUGGAGGAGUGUUUAUCCGAAGCUCCAGAAACAGGAGAGUGUAUCAAUUGGGCGUCUGGUAAUAAUUACGGCACGAUGCCAAACUGGGAUACGAGUUUGGUGACGGAUAUGAGUGGAUGGGAUGGAAAUGCCUUCUCGGGCUUUGGUGAUAAAAGUACAUUCAACGGCGAUAUUUCGAAGUGGGACACAGGGAAAGUGACUAAGAUGUCAUGGAUGUUUUGGCAAGCUUCUGCGUUCAACCAAGACAUUGGGAAUUGGAACACAGAAAAAGUGACUGAUAUGUAUGCUAUGUUUUCUUCCGCUUCUGCGUUCAACCAAGACAUUGGGAGUUGGACCACAGCGGAAGUGACUAAUAUGCAAAAUAUGUUUCAUUCCGCUUCUGCGUUUAACCAAGACAUUGGGAGUUGGAACACAGCGGAAGUGACUAAUAUGAGAGAUAUGUUUUAUUACGCUUCUGCGUUCAACCACGACAUUGGGGAUUGGAAUAUAGAAAAAGUGACUACUAUGAGAGCUAUGUUUGCUCGCGCUUCUGCGUUCAACCAAGACAUUGGGAGUUGGAACACAGCGGAAGUGACUAAUAUGAGAGAUAUGUUUUAUUACGCUUCUGCGUUCAACCACGACAUUGGGGAGUGGAACACAGAAAAAGUGACUGAUAUGAUAGGUAUGUUUAAUUCCGCUUCUGUGUUCAACCACGACAUUUCCUCGUGGACCGGAUCCGCAGCGACAACAGCGCAACCGUGGAUGUUUUCCGGUGCAACUGCGUUUCAAGCGAAAUUUACCUGCACCGACGCCGUCACCGGUCCGGCGAAUUCGUGCGCGUGUACCAAGUGCAUCCCGAACGCGAGUUGGCACGCUUUCGUUGAAGCGUGUUUAUCUGAAUCAGGCGCCGAAGGUACCGGCGAGUGCACUGAGUGGGCGUCUGGUAAUAACUACGGGACGAUGCCGAAUUGGGACACGAGUUUGGUGGAAGAUAUGAGUGGAUAUACUGGAAGUGCACAUAAAGGCUUUGGUGGUAAAAGUACAUUCGACGGCGAUAUUUCGAAGUGGGACACCGGGAGAGUGACUUCUAUGUAUGCUAUGUUUUAUCAAGCUUCUGUGUUCAACCAAGACAUUGGGAGUUGGAACACAGAAAAAGUGACUUCUAUGAGAUCUAUGUUUAAUCAAGCUUCUGCGUUCAACCAAGACAUUGGGGAUUGGAAUAUAGAAAAAGUGACUACUAUGAGAGCUAUGUUUAAUCGAGCUUCUGCGUUCAACCAAGACAUUGGGGAGUGGAACACAGAGCAAGUGACGAAUAUGGGAUAUAUGUUUCAGGACGCUUCUGCGUUCAACCACGACAUUGGGAAUUGGACCACAGCGCAAGUGACUGAUAUGCAAGCUAUGUUUGCUCGCGCUUCUGCGUUCAACCAAGACAUUGGGAGUUGGAACACAUCGCAAGUGACUACUAUGCAGGUAAUGUUUUAUCAUGCUUUUGCGUUCAACCAAAACAUUGGGAGUUGGAACACAGAAAAAGUGACUGCUAUGAUAGGUAUGUUUAAUUCCGCUUCUGCGUUCAACCACGACAUUUCCUCGUGGACUGGAACCGCAGCGACGUCAGCGCAAACGAAUAUGUUUUUCGGCGCAACUGCGUUUCAAGCGAAAUUUACGUGCACCGACGCCGUCACCGGUCCGGCGAAUUCGUGUGUAUCUAUGUCGGACUACACCUUUGAGAUUUCUGUCAAGGCGAGUUCGACAAUCGGCCUCCACAUCAGCGAAGUGGAGUUUGUUGGGGCGCAAGUGAAUCCAUUCGUUGUUUCUGGGAUUGUUCCGGACCGAGGAACCCCCCCAAAAGCUUUGUCAACGUUACUCGACGGAACGGAUACUGGAAUCGCGUAUGACAAUCCAGCUGAAGUUGGAACGGUGCCAUUUGUCAUCCGCGCUCCAACAGAUAUCACUACUAUAAGGAUAACGAUUCCUCGACCUUUAUACGGGCCUGGCUGGAGAAUCCUUCGAGAUGGCGUGGAAGUCCUGAAAGAAACUGCAAAUAGAGGAGGGUCAUCCACCCCAAACCCCGUUACGUAUACGUAUGAAUUAUAG